AUGGGUGUGGCCACUGUUGUAGGUGAGAAUUUGGGAUGGUAGAAUACAUAAGUUUAUUUCAUUUAUAUCUAUAAGAAACGAAAUACCAUUGCUCGACGAAAGACGAUUCCGAGCGCACUUCGGUAAUACAUAAUUUAAAGUGCAGUAUUUUUUUUUUUGCGAUUUUCAUUUAAAUUUGAGUUCAAAAUGCCUAUUAAAAAAAAAAAGUCGUCCGAUGAUUUUAAAAAUUUUACAACGUUUAGGAAAGUUCAAUAUAAGUAUUAUUACCAAGUUUCAAGUGUUAACGUGUAUUUAUAACCGAGUUGCAGCGAAAAAAAUCCCAAAAAUUAAAAUUCCUUUAAAGCUCAAAAGUAGCUUAAAAGUUUUGGCAAUGAUACCUUAAGAAAGUAAAUUAAAAAGGCAAUAAAUAGAUGGCUUGUGAUUUUUCGAUUAAAUCAUUUUUUCUGGUAGAAAACGUCAUCCGUGUUUUUAUAAAAUAAUAAAAUCGUGAAAUUGUACGUUUUUACCCGCUUAAAGGAUUUUAUUUAAAAAAACUGCGUCAAAAAUCAAAAUAUGACCAUAUAGACAACUUGGGCUUUUAAAAAAGUUGCUACACGUAAAAAUCAGAGCAUAUUUAAUAGGUUAAUUUACAUCUUAGUAAAACCAAUAGUUCCCUCGCUAAGCUCGGAAUCUAAAAAUCGAUAUAAUCGAUUAAUUAAAAAAAAAUUAGUACUUUUUUUUUAGCAUUUACGAAUAAAAUUAUGUACUUUAUAACACAACUUUACGAGUUACUGUUAAUCGAUUUGAAUUGAUUUCCUAGACAAAUAAAUAAAUUAUUAGAUAAUAAAUUAAUUCAUAACAAGUUUUUUUUUAAUUUUUUUAAUUGUAUUAUUUGAACACACACCCACUAUACGUUUAAAGUCCAAGUUUGAAUGCAAUAUAUUUUUAUUUCGCAAUCAAUAGGUGUACGCUACUAACGUAAAUUUAAAUUCGACUCGUACAGAGUAUAAAGUUCUUUUCGGUCGUAAACGUAAGAGAAGAAACCAUAGGAAUACCAAUUGUAACGAAGCACGGAGUUUUUGGUGUGGGAAAAGCGUUAGGCGAGGAAAGAAAAAACAAUAAUAACGACUUGUUCGUCGGGAAAACUGAAGUGAACUUAUUCCUUUGCGCUGUAUAAUAGUAAUAAUAAUAAAAACGAAAUAAAAUAAAAACAACUUUAAGGAAAUCGAACACGGUUGAUCGAAAACCAAUUUGGAUGCAAAAAAGACUCUGGCAAAUUUUAAUACACAUAAAACAGACAAGGUUUUUUCUUGGUAUAUUCGUCAAAGUUUAUAGGUAUUAAAACCAUUCUUCAAUUUUUUUUUUUUGCUGCUAACUAAAAUCGGUGGCGUAGCUAAAAAUCAUCGUCAAGUGAGAGUUACAAAAAAGAAAAGAACAAAAUAUCUGUCUUGAAUACUCACGUGUAUAAUAAUUUGACCUUUGAGUAAUAUUUAUAAAAUAUUAAAAAUACCUAGUAGAUGCAUGUGUGUAUUAUAAUAAUAUAGUCAAGUCGUUUAAAUUUAAUAUAAUUAUAAGAUUAAAAAAAAAAAAAAAAAAACAUUCACACACCCGUAAGCCAAAAGCACCGUCAUUCGAAUACAAUAAUUGUAUUCGCAAUUAUCUCCUUCUCGUCUUUUGUAUUAUUGACAUUUAUUUUAUAAAAAAAAAAUAGAUAACUGAAUAAAUCAUCGGUAUAUACUAUUACAAUAAUUAAUUAAAACUAUUAUAAAUUAAUAAUAUUAUUAGAUAAUCUGUUUUAAUUAAUAAUAUUCUUGUACCGUUAUGAAUAUUGUCAAGUAAAAUAAUUUUAUUUUUGAAAUGUUAAGGAACGCCAAAGUUCGGUGAAGAUCUGAAUAAUGUAACGGUGUCAGUCGGUCGAGAAGCAGUAUUCAUAUGCAAUGUCGAAAAGCUGGCCACUUACAAGGUAUUUAAAAAUAAAAGUGUAUUAUAUUAUACAAUGUAUAUAAGAUAUUAACAACGAAAUAAUAAUCAACCAUGAGCAUGGUUUUACGGUAAAAUUACUCGUGUGCCAUUAUUUAUGAUUUUCGAUUGUAUUCAAAUAAAUAUAUUAACAUUUUGGUUUUAACAAUUGGUAUACACAUAAAAACGAAGUUUAAAAAAGUUGAAAUAUUGGCGCUCUGAUGAUUUUAAUGGAAUUUAAAAAUAUUAAAAUCUAGACGUCAGAAUUUUCCCUGCAAAAUGGUUUUUACGCUAAUAUUUUUUCAAUAUAAUUUUACAAUAGGUAGUACUUUUAUUUAUUUUUUUUGAAUUUCGUAAUCGUUUUUUAUUUUAGUCUUAUUAUUGUAACCUAUUUAUUUAAACUAACUUCCCGAAGACAAAAAAUUUUGAAAUUGUACAUAUAUCGACGUUAAACGAGUGACAAUAUCACUUCUUCCUUCCAGAGAGAUUCUAUGAUUUGCGACAAAAAAGAAAACGAUAGAAAUCAUUUUAUUAGAAUCUGUGUUGGUUCAAUAAAAUUUCAAAAAAAAAAAAAAAAAAAAAAAACUAUCGAUUUACUCGAAAUUUUCGUAAUGAUGAUCGCUAAAUUACGAUAAACAAAAAAAAAAAACCCUGUAUAGUGUUAUACUAGCCGAAUUACUCGGCUUCGCCCGUGUGUAGUUUUUACUCUGUCUAAAUAAAAUUCUUAAAUACAACACUUAUUGUUGUUUUUUAAAGAAGAAAAAAUGUAUUUUACUUAAUUUAUCAUUACUAAAUAGUAGUUGUAUCUGAAAAACAAAUAAAAAAUAAUAAUAAUAUUUAAAAAUGGUUCUAACGAUUCUAUACACAUAUGACAUAUUAUUAUUAAAAAUUAUUCUAUACUGAGUUACUCAAUUUUAAAAUGAAUUAAGUCAAAGCGUCUUGGUAUAUCACAUUCAGAGUUUUAUUUUGUGGUGCAUACACGUAUAAAUGGUCAGGUCUUCUAACUCUAGAAAAUGCUACAUACAUUUGUCCUUGUUAAAAACAGUUAUUUUCCAAAUCUACACCACAAAAAGUUUAAAUCUCACCUUGCGCUUUAUUUAUUGUCAUUGCAAAACAAACUUUUAUUGGAAACUGAACUUAUCUGAACUAAACUGGAAAACCGUUAGGGCACAAUGGUAUUUUCAGUAAAAACAUUUUUUUUCUCUUAGGAUAUCAGGUUAAAAUUUCAGCUUCAAUUACAUUUUUUUGUAAGAGAGAUGUUACGGAGCAUAGUCCCAUUGUAUAACCUAGGAGAAUUCAAAUUUCACGUUUAAGUAUUGUCCGCAUACUGGCCCUUAGAGUUUUAUUUUUAGUUCUAUUUAUUGAAAUUUUCAGCUAUUGUUUAAUUACGACAGAGUGCGUAAACGAUUGAAAUGAAAUUGUAAACAAUAGAUUACUUAUAGGAGUAUUUUGUAAAACUUUGUAAAAAAACAAAAAUCGUUGAAUUAUUUAAACGACACGCUAGAAAAUCGUAACCUUUAUAUACACCCCCCUUUCCCUCCCCUCGGACAAAAAAAAAAAAAUUAAAAAUCGAGUACCAUGGUGAUAUUUUAGAGAGUACUUGGAACAACUCAGAGAAAAAAAAAAUUGGAAAAAAGUUAAAUAGUGCUGUCUCAAAACUGGAACACAUAAAAGGCCUGUUCUUUUAUAUAUAUAAGGAUUAUAAUAACUGUACUUAAUUUGUAAUAGGUUGCUUGGCUACGGGUGGACACUCAAACUAUUUUGACCAUUCAUAGCCACGUGAUAACGAAAAAUCAUCGGAUUGCGGUUACCCACACCGAUCACCGAAUAUGGUUCCUCCAUAUCCGGGAAGUGAGAGAAGCCGACAGGGGUUGGUACAUGUGCCAAAUCAAUACGGAUCCGAUGAAGAGCCAACAGGGUUACCUGCAAGUUGUCGGUAUGUAUAUAAUAUUAUAUUUAUAUUAUAAUAGUAUAAUAAAGAGUGAAAAAUGCGAUUUAACUGUUUAAAACCUAUUAUACAUUAUUAUAACUCGUUAUAAAAAGUUUUGAAGGGUUUUAUACGAACGUGCUAAUCGAAGCAAAUAGGACUCGCGAAAGUUCCUACGGCACAAACGUAAUCAAAAAACUUUUAAUUUUAAAUUAAAACUUUUUUUUAAAUCACUCGACCAGAACAUUAUUGCAAUAUACUAAUAUACUACAAACCAGAGAAGAUUUAGAUUUACAUUUGAAAAAAAAAAUUUUCUGUAUCUGUUCCGAAAUCGGUUAUCAACCGCGUUUAUCGGCUCGGAAAACGAAAUCAUUAAAAAUAGUAGAAUAUUUUUUAUUUAUUUUUGAUUUUAAUAAUAUUUUUAUUAUUUUCUUCAAAUAUUUGAAUAAUUUUUAAGACCUAGGUGUGACGUAUUAAAACUAAGCAUUUCCAGUAGUUGUAUUAUAACAAUUACAAGUAUAAUUUUUAAAAUUGUUCAAAUAAUUUUUUGAUUUAGUGUAAUGCAACCUUUGCAUACUUAAAUUUAAAAUUUGUAUUAAAAUAAUAACAAAAUAUAAUAAUAUCAUUGAUACAUAUUAUUGACAUUUUUUUUUUUUUCGCAAUAUUUUGUUUAAAUACGUUGGAAUAGUAAAAAAAUUACACUAAAUACAAUUUCAAUAUAUUUAAAGUAUGACGAUUUUAACGGUUUACAAUAGAUAUUUGAUAUAUUUAAGUUGGCCUUUGCUACAUUAUAAUGCUCGAUUUUACUUUGUAAAAUGUGCCAUUACAUUAUUACGAAAAAUAUGGAGAGUUGUUCAUAAAAAUGUAUUUUUCAGAACUAAUCUAAAAACACACCACACCAUUAACAAUCGUCAGUUCGUAAGUUUGCCCCUCGUUAACGUUCAAAAAUACUUUUUAAAUUUUAGGGAAUUUCGGACUGCGUUUUUGUUAUUCCUGAAAAUUGUUUCUGAUGACGCAGCUAUUAACUAAAACUACUAAAACUUGAAUUCACGAAGGCGCGCAUUUAUGAUUUUAGAACAUAAUAAUAAAACGGACCGAUAUUUUGACAAGACAUACUCGUAGAAUAAAAUUAUAUAAUUACGUACUGAACAUAUUGCUUGAUUAUUUUAAAAAUAUUUUUUCGUUUUGUGAAACUUCAAUAGUUUAAAUUAAUGCCAACACUUCAAUUUGAAGUAUUUUAGUAUGAAUUAUUAACAAACAUGCCUUUAUUUUAUGGUCAUUAUUAAUAAGUAUCUAAGUAACCCUGUGCUUAGGUCAAUAAUGUCCACAGUUUUUAACUAUUGUAUUAAAUUUAAUCAAAAAGUUUUAAAAAGAUUACAAUAUUCCCUCUAUACUUAAAUACUGUAUAGGAAACGUAUAUUAUGUAGUCGUAGUGAUGGAAAAUAAAAAAUGAAAAUCUUCUAGUAGUUUUCGAUGUUAUAGAAGUUAUCAAUAAAAACGUAAAUACCUAUAUGGUUUAAUAAUAAAAUACGAUUUAAUCAUAAAACAAAUAAAUUCUUUUGAAAGUCAAUGUUAUUAAAAAAAAUGUGUAAAUAUUUUGAUAGCAGAAGUAUUGAAAUAUUUAUUUAUCAAAAAAAAAAAAAAAUUAUUUCUGAAAACUUCAUUAUAAUAAUAUGUCUAGUAACACGAAUUCCGUACAAAAAUUAGAUCGUGAUAAAAGUUUGAACAAUAAUAUUUUAUUUAAAGAAGAUUCAGAACAAUGUGGCUUUAAUAAGGAAUCCGUUGAGUUCUUUUAAUUAAACGAACCUCGUCGGGUUUUUUUUUUUUUACUUUUCAUCAGUCGUAGCGAGCAAUGCAGUCCCCAACGCAGUCGGCAUGAAUUGUUUUAUAUUAUUUCGAGAGACUAAUUUGCUCUAUACAAUAUUUCAGUGAUACAAAAACGAUUAUUUAUACCGUAGUCGUAUUAUUAUGUAUAACAUUUAUACAAUAAUAUGUAUUUUUUUUUUUUUUCUAUUAACAACUUUUCUUUCAGAUAUUUUUUGUCACCCUUUUUUUGGGGAUGCUACGAAUUGAUAACUAAUAUUGAUUUUUAAAUGAUAAACUAUUACUAUUUCGUAAUCAAAUUGAGUAUUUUAUGUAAUUUAAAUACAUUUUGAUUUUAGAAUUAUUGAUUUCUUAUCUGUUGACGAGUUUAUACUCCACUUUUCAGGUUGGAUAGGGAAAGAGUAAUGGAGCACUAUUUAAACCCUUCGCGCCAUAUCACUACACAAAGGAUGCUCCUUUAUUUUUCCCCUACCUAAAUUUAAAGUAAAAUAUCUUGUUAAUAGGAUGACAUAUAUCAAUAAUUUCCACAUCAAAAUGUAUUUUAUCUGAUAAUUAAUGUAUUUUUGGUAUUUUUAAUGAAGUUUAAAUUUGUUAAUAUAAAAAAUUCAGUAAGACAUAAUACAUUCUGAGAUAAUGAAUUUCUUAUGGAGAAAUGAUCAUGUCAUUUGAAUACUUGAUAAGCAUUAUUUAAUCUGAAUUGGUAUUCAAAGAAAAAAAAGAUAGAUCUAGACAUCUUAGAAUAAUGGGGAUGGGUGCAACCACUGUUAUAGAUAAUUUAAUGUAUACCUGUAAGCAAGGAUAAACCAUUGCUUAUAAUAUUUAAUUGGUUAUAUUGAAAAUAAAAUUAUUUGUGUUAAUUCACCGUCAAUCGGACAAGUGUUGAAUGUUUUAUUUUAUAAAUUACGUUAUGUUCGUGAAAAGCUAAACGAUAUAAUAUAUGUAACUUUAGAAUUUAUCGAAAAUUGUUUAAAAAAUCUCAAAUAAGAGAAGAAAAUCGGGAACUUUUGGGGCUUAUUGUAAUAUUCUUAUGUCGUGUAAAGAAAUUACAUGAGGAAUCGUGGAAUAUUUUUCAGAGUUCCAGGAGCUUUUCACAAAUCUAGAUGAAUAACUAAUGCCCUUUAUAGUUAAACAAUUUUUAUUUUUUAAAACCGAUUUAAAAUUAAAAAUAAAGAUUUAGAUUAAUUUCGUAAUAUUUGCAUCUUUCUUUCAAAGUAAAAGCUUGGAUGAAUUCCCCAAAUGCAGUUGAAGCUUCAUUUUUAGACUUUCAAUUUCUUAAAAGUCUUUACUUGUACAAGGACAUCAACGAAUGUAUAAUUUGUACUAUUCAAAAAUGUAUUAACCAUUUAUGGUAUUUAUCUCCUGAAAAUGCAUUAUUGGCAUUUUUGUAUAAAAGUGUACAAAAAAAAAUAAAAAUAUUUUUUGUAUUAAAACGUAAUAAGUCUAAAGAUUCAUUGGAAAAAAUUUGUUUACUCCUGCAAGAUGUUAAAACAUUUAUUAAAUCUAAAUUGGGGAGACACGUACGAGUUUUACGAAUAAACCUUAAGAAGGAACAGGGGUUAUGAAGGAAGGUAGACUUAGUACGGAAACAGAAAUCGCGGUAGCAUUAUUUUAAAAGGAAUUAAUAGCUUGCAUGACAAAGUGAAAAGGAACGAUGAAGAGAUAGGAAACUGGCUUAUACUUAUAAGCCUUAUUACGUCUUAUACUUUGCGUAAGUCUGAUUUUUUGAUACAUGAGGACUAUGAGCUUGCGAGAGAACCAUACAAAAAAGUGGUUUGUGAAUUAUAAUUUUGGUAACAUAAGAGAGAAUUAAGAAAUGGAUGUUCAGGAAGACAGCCAUUUCAUCGUUAAGAGAAUAAGGGAAGAAUAUUUUUUCCCAAUUAAAAGAGUUGAGAAAAUACAAGAUCGAUUGAUAAUCUGAUUUAUAAAAGUUAACAAAUGAAGGUGGAAGGAGAGGUGGGGUUAUGAUCUUUUUGAAAUAAAUUGAGAAGGGGGUGAGUGAUACGGAUCAGCUGAAGCAGUGAACUCGAGAGCAGGGCAAAUAGUAAGUACGUUUGAAUUAGUGAAUAUCAAGUCAUGGAGUGAACCGUAGGGCUUAAUAAUAUUAUUAAGAUGGGAGAAACCAUGAAAAAAAAAGUCAGCAGCUUAGCCAACAGAAUUUCUAGGUAAGGGUUCGAUGAUAUAAAGGAAACCCGCUGGAAAUGUCCGGGAAGAUACGACUUUGUUAAUGCAUUUGAGUACGUUCCCGUUAAAUUGAAUUGUGAAUGAAUAUAAAUUGUAAUUAGCUGUAUAUAAAUUGAUUAUUUUAUUUUGAAUACAAAUUUGAGAAUUCUACAAAACUUAGAGGCAAACAGCUCUUAAGUAUUAUCACUUAAUAUACCCCUCAUUUUAAUAUUAUUAUUGAAGUAAAUAAUAACGUUUUUUAAUUAUUAUUAUGUUAAUCGCUGCAUAAAAAUCUUAAUUCGAUAAUCUCCCCGUCGAGAAGGAAUUUCAAGUUAUACAUUUUUCACAACGUUAAUAAUCAUAACGUUUCAUAUGGAAGCCAUUGUGAAAUUAUACACGACUUCAUGUCUCCAGCGACUGGUAUAUGAAAGAAAAUAAAAUAAUAAUAUUGAAUAUUUUAAGUAAAUACUUACAAAUUAAGUCGUUGUUAGUCGAUUAUAAUGGAUUUAACAUCUAAAUAAUUGUCUGUAAUAAAAAUAAAAAUAAAAGUUUUUAUAUAUCAAAAAAUUAUGUUUUUAAUAAAUUUAUAUAGCACGCUAUAAUGUUAUGUGUACUACAAACUACAUUGGCUCUCUUUAUGUUUGGUUGCUAUAAACCUAAUAAUAUUAAUGUUUGGAUUAUAUCAGAAAUUUUAGGUAAACGUUGUUUGAUGUUUUCUUCGGCCAAUUUGUUUAGGGAAAUGAUUUUUUGGUUGUAAAUGUUAACGAAAUCUUUGUUACUCUGUAACUGCGAUUGAGUUUUAAGAUAAUAAAUUUAAGGACUCAUUUGUGUAGGUAUCAAAUAUUUGGUACAGAUUAGGAAUGGUGAUUAAAAUUAUGAAUGAAUAAGUACGUAAAAACUAUGUCCGUGUAUAUGUAAAUGAAAAAUGUGUACUCAAGUAUACUCAAUACACACAAAUUUACUAUCCGUGUCUAGUGUUUAUUGUUGUUCACGUAAAUACUCAGUUCAAAUAUUGGAAUAUACUUGUACACUCUUUUAUAGGUUCGAAUAUUAUUUUCACGUGAAAGUAUGUAGAUAUAGCUAGAGAGCUUUAGUACAUAAUAAUAUUAUACGGGCUGGCCGCUGACGUAUAACACAUGAAUUACACAUCAUUCACUAUUUAUUCACACCUUAAUAUUUACUCUUGUUAAAUAUUAUACAAUAUUAAAUAUUAUGAACUUUUAAAAUAUCUCACUUAUAUGAGUUUUAUUUCUUAAUCCAAUACUUUGGGACGACUACACAAUUAAUUUGUAUUGGCUGAUUAAAGCGCAAUAAAAAGUUAUUAAUAAACCAUCGACAAUAAAUUAAUAGAUUAUGUGCUAAUAAAAAUAGUAUCAUAAAUUCUAAUACGUAAAAAAAAACAUAAUAUUGUGUGUCAUUUUACAGGAAAUGGAAAAUUAAUAACAUUUAGUCUGUGCCAAUUUUUAGCAUUUUCGGUAGACAUUAAUGAAUUGAGUACCCAAGGUAUAAAUACCCACUGAAAAAGUACUAUGGCGGUCAAUUUAAAAAAUUAAUUUGUAGAUCGUAUUGUUUUUGCACGGUAUUUGUACAGUAUAUCAAAGUUUGAAAUGCAUAUUUUACUCCUCAAAAAUUGAAUUUCUUAACUGCAAAUAAAUCCAUAACUUCGAUUUUAUAUUUUAAUACUAUAAUUAAUAUUAACGGGAUGAAGCAAUUCGUAAACAUAAUGUAUCUAGUGAGAAAAUAAUUAAUGUAACUAUACGUAUUUUUCACAUUCACAAAAAACUUAUUAUACUAAAAAAGUCACAAUUUGUGUAAAAACAGUUAUCGACACAUUACGUAUCAAGUAAACGUUCCAUUUGUUUAUAUUUAAGCUGUGAGGAUUGAAUAGGUAGAUGGAUACGAAACAAUUUUAGUAAUUUUAAGUUUAUUACUAAUCUCUCAUCAUUAAACCUUUCCAUUCGAUAGCUGUUGAUAUCUGUAAAAAUAUGCGCUCUUUAGUGUUAUUAUCUAUUUAGAGAUAUUAUCCAAAGUUUUUUAGGGCAUAUUAUCGGCAUGUCAUAUUAUUCCAAUAAUUAUCAAAAUUCGAAUAAAAAUAGUCAUUUUGUUUUCAUCAGAUAUUUUUCCCAUACAUUUAAAGAUUUUGUAAAUUUAAUUCAUUUGGUAAGAUAUUACUGCUUAUAACAGAACAUGCUUAUUCCAGAUUCAUUUUAUCGAAAAGCGUGUAAUAAGGAAUUUAACCUAGUCGUAUAUUAAUACUGGCCGCUGAUAAUGCCUUUUUAGAAAAGUCUGGGGCUACCAGUCGUGAACACCUUCAUGCCAGACUAUUUCAAGAAAUUAUCUAAUGGUUUAAAUAUCAUAUUAUGUAUAUUUUUAUGUGAUAUAUUAGAUUAUAGUUUUUUUUUAUAAAUAUAUGCAAUUAUUUAUUUAAUCGUUGAAUAUAUAAAUUUUAGUUUGCAUAUGCAAAUUUGUUUACAGUAUAUCUUUUUAUUUGCAUUAUAUACUUUAUUGUUUUUAUAUUGUUAAAUAUUUUUCUAAGUAAUCGAUACAAAUCGAUCAGAUAUAUUAACAUAUUAAGCAGCAAUAAUAAUAUGAAAUGUGUAAAUCGGACAAAUAGCUUGAGAUUUAUUUGGUCAACAACAGCUGAUUUUUAAUCAUUGACUAUGACUUUUUCGUAAAAAUAACAAAAUUGUAUACCUACUUAUAUAUUAUUCCCUUUAGUGCAAAGUAGCGUGAAGAUGGACUAUUGAACAUUGAAUAUUUAUUGACGGUAAAUAUAUUAGAUAGGUAUAUUUUCUUAAGUUCCAAAAAUAAAUAAUAUACACCAUACCUGUAUAUACUGUAUAAUAUACAUUAUACACAUUACAAUUUCCAUUUAGUUUUGUACAGUAGUUCUUAAAAAGUUUCGAGAUAGUAUCAUCAAGUAAACAAAAAAAGAAGCGAAAAUAAUGUGAAAAAAUAUCUCAUUUGAAUAUGAAGUCAUCGAUUUAUUAGAUUAGAAUUCGAUUAGAAUUCCAAUGAGAUAUUUAAAAAAAAAAAAAAACACUCAAAAUCCUCUCCACUACUCUAUAUUAGGAAUAUAUAUGAUCUAUAAAAGCGAAACAAACAUCGACUAAUUACGACUGUUACAUGUGAUAAUUCCAAAAAAAAAAUAAAUAAAAUCGCUGAAAAUAUAAAAUAUAGUAAAAAUCAACAAUUUAUGAUGAGGGAAAUAAUAUUUAACAACAGGAGCAAACACCUUGGAUCUAGAAAUGUUCGAUUUUAAUAUUUACCAUAGAAAUUAUUUUUAAAACGGUUUUUAUUCGUGUAGAACGUUGCAAUUGACGGCUCUUUCGUCAUUUCCAUACAUCCUCUUUGAAAUAAAUAACCUAUUUAACACCUAAAACAGUGGGUGGCUCGUGUAACUUCACAGUUUGUUGCAUUUUUUCAGUUCCUUUGUUCUUUUGUGCUUUAAAAAUUGGCCAGCUAAAAAGUAUCUGUGUUUUUCUUCACUAAUAUAUAUUAUGAUGAUAGAGUGAUACUCAUCUAUUAUGACCAAAAUCUACAGUAUUUAUUAUACUCUGGAUCAAUUUUAAUGCGAAAAAUAUUAUUUUAAUGAGCGAGAAAUGUUCGUAAUGUUAUUAUUGUAAUUUCGAUGAGAGAAUAAAAUAUUAUAUUGCAGAAAAAAAAGUAAUUCCACACGGCUUUUUCAACCCUACGCCCGUCGACCUGCGGUAUAACGCAACGUAAUCACGUCACCGUUCUCGCAUUCGACAUAUUAUGCCUGUUUGACAAGUUCGGGGUUUUUUUUCCACCCGCUAGAUUGUCAUUUUAAACUCAUAUACUUGUAUUCAUUUUUAUUUUUACGCGAUAUCAGCGGUUUUUUUCGCUCCUGCAGUACACCGACAUUAUUAUCUGUCUAACUCCAUGAUCGAUUGAACGUGUGUUAAUAUUAUAUAUAAUAUUGUUACGUUGAACGUUAUACGUGUAAACGUAUACCACCGAAAAUAUCGAAAAUGUGUCGUAAAUACCAUUAAAUAAUAUUCACUUAUUAAUUUCGUUUUCGCAGCGACAACCAUUCGAUUACCCCGUUUUAUUUAUUAAAAAUGAUUAAACAUCGAAUGUUAUGAAACAAUAUUACGAACUCAACACGGCUAUAACUUUAUACUUAUCAGUUGUCCGAGAGACAUGAUGAAUUUGCGCAUUAUUCGUCCCUUUCCCUCGUUUUUUCAUAAAAAUCAUUCAUUGUUUUAUAUAUUUAACCCCCGAUAAAUAUUUGGUAUGAAUGACCAAUAUUGUAUUAUUUUAACCCUCGUCGUUAGGUAGAAAGGUUUUAAGAGUUUGCAUACCUACACUAUAUACAGACUCCAAUACACGCACAAUAUCGCGAGACGUCAAGGCGAGUGAUUGAUGUUAUCGUGUGUUUCGGAACCGGGCACAUUUUUAUUGCAAGUAUCCGGGAAUAAAAUUGUUUUUAAUUAUUUGUGUUCUAGGUACCUAAUGACCAUAUAGGCGUAUGCAUUGUGUUUGGGAAAUAAAUGAGGAUGAAAAAAUGACGAUAGUGUAAUAUGAAUUCAGUAAUUAUCAAAACUAUUAUUUUCGAACCUGAAAAAUCACUAUACAUAAUGCGUUCUCUCCUAUAUAAAUUCUAAAAAUUAAAAAAAAAAUAUAAUAUUAAUCUGAUAAUAUAUUACGUAUAGUGAAUAUUAGGCAACCAAGUUUCAAAACAUAAAUAAUAAUAAUAGAAUACAUCGGAAGAGUACUUCAUGUAUUAUUAUGUUCGGUGAACUCUGUAGAUGACUUUUAGAAUCGUCAAAAUAAUAGCAAAAGAAAAAAAAACACUUUAACACAAGUGUUUGCACAUAAAACAAUCGACUUCCCAAUAAUAUGGUUUCAACAAUAACAAUUUUAUUAACAAUAUUAAAAAAGUUAUUGGCAAAAAUCGUAAAAUAAAUAAAUAUUAUUUGUAAUUUCUAAAAGGUACAUAUCAUAUUGUGAAAGUUUAUGUACUAGGAAACAGAAAUGUUUAUGUGGAAAAUAGCAGAUGUUAUAAGCUCUUAUCGUUUGAAUUAAAAAACAUAAACGAAUAUACACUCGUAAUAUUUUAAUAAAUAAUGUUGUGGAAUUUUGGAAUUUACGUUUAUCCGAACAUUUUAAUUCUGAACUAAACUGAAUUUGUUUAAAAUUAAAAAUCGAUGUUUACCUAUAUAAUUAAUUAAGUUCAAAUUGAAAGUUGUGCGUGAAAACAAACAAGAGUAGCAAAUAUUGCAGAAAAAGUAGAAUAUAAAUGGUAAUUACUAAAAAAGUAAUACUAAUACAUUUUGUUAUGAUAGGCAUGUAUUUUGAACAAAGAUAACAAAUGAGGGUUGGAGCGGCUGAUCUUCGGAUGAAUAAAAUGAUUAUAUUUCUUUAAAUUGUAUAGUUGAAAUGUAUAAUUGUAUCUAGAAACUACGUAAAUCUAAAAUGUUAUGAAUUAUGACGAUGGAUAAGAUACUUUUGUUUCACAGGUAUUUAAAAAUUUGUGAAAUUUUUAAAUCGUUUAUCUUAAAACAUGGUUUUUAAAGUUACUACACUAUAUUAUUCAGAUAAUACGAUACAAGACGCAUAAUUUGGAUUUUACGUCACAUUAGCUGAUUUUAUAAUCAAAUUCAUAAACCGACUUCGUAUAUCGUCACUAGGGUUAAAAAAAAAAAAAAUGACUAAAUGACUAAAUAAUUUAAAUUGUAUUCAAUUUUUGAUUUUAAUCAAGAAUUAUUACGGUGUCAAAUAGUUCUUAUUAUUAUUAUUCACUAUUCAUGAUACCACUUAAUAAUAAUAUAAUAUAGACACUUGAAUAUGUUUUCAUAAUAAAUCACUAUUUACGUGAUAACCAUGAAUUUAAUAUCCACCGAAGUAAUAUAGUAUUGAUGUUCGUAAAUAAAAUAAUUAAAAUCAAAAUCCUGUGAUCGUGUUAAAAUAGAUAAUUAGCUAAGAGAUUUAAUUUUUAAUCAAAUAAUUGGUCUCGGUUGAAUUUGAUUGAUCCGACUAUUCUAGUUGUAGGUAUUUAAAAUCUAACAAAAACACGGUUAAAGGGAUAAAAUGGGAUUUAUUUCUUGAUUGAUCUCUGUGGUUUCCUAGAGAAGCCGGGAGUACUAAUUUACGCCCCCCUGAUCUUUUUAGAUGGCACAGGCCUUUUCGUGGCCCUAGAUACCAGUAUUGUCGUGGAUCAUUUGUGAAGCGAAGCGAAUAUGUGCAAAUUUUCACUGGGCGGGCGAGUGUCGGUUCAUCUCCACCGAGGUUGUAUCCGGCGUGAGAUCGAGAUUACGGGCUCUCCUCUUCACGUGGUCGUUCGGCGAUCUUCUCGUGCUUCGACCGUCGGGUCACAGCAUGGGAAGUUUUUAAGUGACCCACUUGCCUCUGGCAAUGGAGAUUGUGCUAUCAAUCGCGUUUCGGUAGACACCUGACUGCCUCCGUUUUAAACUAAUCGUUUAUUCCGUCGGUGGUUGGGAGUCGAAAUAUGUUCUACUUUUAUAACAUCUAUGAAAAGUACUCCGGGUGAUCUCCGGAGCCCCGGUGUCGACCCAGUCUCGGUGCCGAUCAGAGGCAUUGGUGUCCGUCCUUGCAGUUAAAUUCGGACAGGCUUAUGAGUUUAGUUGGGUAGUGGUUAAAUAACUGGGGGCCACCCACCCGACGGUGACUGAAUCCGUGAGCAUGCGGUAUGUGAAUUGUUGGGUAGCGGGUAUUGGGACCACAUUUUGAUGCAUUAAAUGCAUCUGGGGUUUGCCCUGAAACCCUCCGGCGUUCUUGAGUAGCUAUCAGUGCUAAUGUAAGUUCUCCGGUUUGUAACAAUGUUUUGCAUUGGUUAAAACUCGGGUUCACACUGGUAGGUAAUCAAAAUAAUCGAAAUAUGAAUUUUCCUUUGGUUCGUACAAAAUCUACACAGUGUUCCAGAAAAGAAUGGCCAGCUAUACGGUGUGUUACUCUAUACGUGGCCUAGUGGCUACAAUAAUAGGAUUUUUGAACUUUCUUAUCUAAUGUCAAAACUUUUGCUUUAUCUGUUUUAUUUAUAAAAUAUCCAUACAAAAUAAAAAUAUAAACCAUACCACAGAAUUUGUAUAAUAUUUUUUUACAAAAUAAAGAAUCAUUAUAUUUUUUCAAAAAUAAUAAUUUUUGACUUAUCAAUGCCCAAAAUUGUAAUUUUGGUGUGACACAUUAAUUUGUAAAUACAUUUUUCAGGAAAUUCAAUGAAAUCAAUUAUUUUUUAUUUAAGUAUAAAUAAUUUAAUGAUCUUAUUUAAAAAAAAAGAUCAAUUGGAUUGUAAAAAAACAUAUUUAAAUUCGGUGGUUUUUAUUGAAUUUUAUUAUUAAUAGUUACACAUAGAUGAGUAGAUGUUCAACAUCAAUAAGACAAUUCAAGAAAAACAAUUGUAUUUGGGUACAAUCAAAUAAGUCGUAUUUUUGAAAUAAGAUUUCAAAUUUACAUAUAAUCUCACAUGGCACACCAAAAUUACGAUUUUGAACAUGAUAGUGUAAAAAUAACCAUAAUGAUUAUUUUUGGUAAAAAUCGAGUGACUCUUAUUUGUAAGAAAAAUUUUCAAGAAAUUCUUUUGUGCAGUUUAUUUUUAUUUUGUAUAGAUAUUUUACAAAUAUAACCAUUAUUCUAACAUUAAAAAAAAUUCCGAAAAAUCUAUUCUUAUAAACACAUAUGGAUGUAAACACUAUAUAACACCCCAUAGAAUUGGACAUUUCUGGACAUUUCUGCAUGCUAUUGACCAGUGAUUCCCAAACUUUUUUUUUUCUGGUGGUGCUCUUUUUUUGAAUAAGUUCAGCCACCUUCCUUUUCCAUGAAUAUUACAAUGAACGCAUACAAAAACAUCAACAAUAAUUCUCUUUGAUAAACAGUUUUAAUAAUUUGUCUGAAUAUAAUACAAUAUAAGAAUACUAAGUAUACAGCCUACGUAAAUAAUUGCCCAUUUAAUUAAUAGUAUGAUGUUUAUGGUACUGCAAUAUUACAGUAUGAUGAUAUAGGCCCAUAGGCUAAUACGUCUUUUGUGAUUAAUAAUAAAUUAUGAACAAACUGUGAUAACAAUUAACAGGACAAUGUACUCGUAAGAACGGCCCUUAAUAGUUUGCUUUUCAAUUAAACGCCAAUAUUAGAUUCAAUAUAAUAUCAAUAAAAUAAUACAAGUAUAAUAAUAACAUGUUUGAUUUUGUUUUUCGAUUUAAUGUUAAUAUUUUACAUAUUUUAUCCAAGUUUUCAUAUAAAAAUAAGUGUUUUUAAUUUUUUGUAUUUUUUUGAUGGGAAGUGGGAAAGGUGAAGUUCUCAUACGAAACUAUUAACUAGUGGAGCACGAAGUUUCAUUUAUUUUAGGCCCUGGUUCGAGUGUUUCAAAGAAAAACUGUCCGUUGUAUUCUAAUCGCGGUUUGAAAACUUUAAGUUAAUACAUCAGAUCUGUCUUGUUAUGAAAUGGAGAAAGUAAAAAUUGUAUCCAGAUAUAUCUGGAUCGUUUCAAAUGAUUUAAGUCUAAUAAGUAACUGAAUCUUAUAUAAGUGAAUUUUAUAAGCGGCGUCCACUGUAUUGUAAUUUAUAUUAGUUAUAAACGGAGUAAUCUUAUGACAUUGCUCCAGAUUAUCUUGCAUUAAAUCAUAAUGUUUUGUUUUCUUAACUGAAAAUAAUAUAUUCAAUUUUGUAUAAAACAUAAAAUAUCUCUCUUUCCCUUCUUGAGAUCGUAAAAGUCGUCAGAGUGGUUAAGAAAUGAGAAAUAUUACUAUAGUAAAUGUCAUCCCUCUCUCACCAAAAAAAAAAAAAGAAAAAAUAAAUAUUAAUAAUAUUUCAUUCUGUAGCCCUUCAAAAAUGAUUUUACUUGAUUCUAAACAUGUUUAGAUUUUUUCAAUUUUCAAUGAAAUUUCAGGAAAUGUUCACACAAUGUUUUAUAAAAAUAUAUUGGAUAAUUUUUUAAAACAUCUGUAAUAUUGGGUUUGGCAAAAAUGAAGUAACAAAAUUUCUGUUUUAGAUAAACUAUAUGUUUUUAUCGAAAAUAGUGAUAGUCUAGUAAUAGUCUUUUAAUAGUCUACUAUUGCACGUUUUGCUACCAGCAUAAUGUGGAGAGAAAAGUGAUUAUGAAUGUAAUUGUUACUGUGCUUGAUAUUGUGCAAGAGAGAUUUAGUGAUGUUAUCAACAGUGUUGACUUACUAAUUUGUAUUCAAUGCUGUGUCCACAAUAUAUUGCAAUAAUAUAUAUUUAUGGUUUAAAUGAAAUGCAUAUUAUCGGUAAUAAUUAAUAAUAUACUACAAAUUUAUCUACUGACACACAGUUACUUUAUGUAAACUUGGAAAACCUCUAGACAUUGAGGAAUACUCAAUAUUUGUUUCUUCGCAGAAUAAGAGUCAUCGAGUUACAGAUAAAUAAAUGUAAAAAUGCGCAAACGGCUGAUGGCCCGGCAGAACUGAUAACUGUGGUAGAGGGAAUGGAUAAUAAUAAAAAGCAUACGAAUAUACGAAUAUAUAAUAAUAAUAAUGAUAAUGAUAUUAUUAUAAUUAAACAAGUGCCAUAUUCAUAGUGAGAUGAAGGUGUCAUAUCCCUCCUUGACCAUUGUUAUUUUUAUAACAUCUAAUUUAUUCCUCAUGUCUACAAUUAAUGUUUUCAUAUUUUUUUUAUAAACAUCUGUUGGCAAUAUCAAAUAAAAAUCUAUUAGCGGAAGUUGUUGUAUUAUUUGUAAUGACAAAUGUAUUGUAAGAAGAAAUAGGUGCCUACCAAGUAUUGUACCUGCAUUUUUCAUGUUUUUUACCUGAAAAUAUUAAUAACAAUAUUAUACUUAUAACUAGUAAGUUAUAAUCAGAUUGUUUCUUUUGCGUUUGCAAAUGCUGAGCACGCCAAUGGAGUCGAAACACAAAGACGUGAUAGAUUCUAGAGAAAAAAAGAGCCGCUCGUUACUGCCAUGUAUAUAACUACGGUUCCAGCGAGGUGUCGCUUUAUUAUUAUUAUUGAAGACCACUGCUGCAGACGGACGAACGCGUCACGCAAAAAAGUUUUCUUCCACUUCAUGUCUUCGGAUGCUAUUAUAUAGGUACUGCAUCGGUGUGACGCGAAACAGGGCACUCAAAACGCUGCUCGGCUCUUAAGUCAAACUUUUACGGGUUUUUUUUACCCUCCUUCAUCCCUGCCAUCAUACAAGACCGCCAUCGACUGUAUUAUAACCCUUUAUUCCUUUUUAUCGUUUCAACGUUGUUGUAUACUGUCACUGCACUACCAACACCUACCCUCAGUCAUCAACAUCAUCCACCCCUCCCAACAACUAACAACUAUGAUGUUAUUCGUCUGACCCUUUACUAUAUGUAUCCUACGUAUACGUCUUGUCCUUCGGUGUAAUUCGUGGUGUUUACCCCAAGCUUAAGUAAAUCCCGAUUUGUCAUUGACACUACUACCACAGCCGUUUCUCCAAACAUUAUUUUAUCUUCGCAUUGCACAGUCAGCACGAUCUAUGAAAAAAAAUAUUACAACGAAAAAUGACAAAUUUUACAUCUAUAUUGAUACUUGUAUAUUUGUAUACUUGUAUACUUGUACUUGUAUAUUGUAAUAUUAUACUCGUUCUCCAAAAAGUCACUUUUUUUUUUAGAGUCGGAUUUCUAAGGUAAUUAGGGUAUGCAUUGGUUUUACUAUGUUGAUGAAGUUUUUUUUUUUGUAUUUGUAAUCACGUUUUAUACCAACCAUCUUGCUAAAAUCCAAAAUUAUAUUAAAAUUUGUUUCUAGUAUCUUUUAUCUAGAAAAGUUACAUAAGACUUGGAGCAGAGUGAGGAGUCUUUUGGUUUUAUUACAAUGUGUGGUUUCUUUUUCUGUUUAUCACAACUUUUCGAACAGAAUAAUUGGUUCAAUAGAAAAAUGACAAAAUACCGUUGUUGUAGAAUUUUGGAAGUAGUUGCUGAGAAAGUGAAUCAUUUUUUGAUUUUAUCAGCAGUUUUAUAACAGAUAAAAACCUGCAUAAACAUGUAAAAUGAAAAUUGAUAAAUUUAGGUUGUUAAAAUUUUAUUAUUUUAAAUUUUACGUUUUAUGUUUUUUUUUUCUGUUUUUUUUUAGAUUUUCUUAAUAGUUUUUUAACAACUAAGUACAACUGACAAAAAAAAAAAACAAAGAAAGAACGAGAUAAUUUACGAAAAUAAUUAAUUUAUUACUUUUAAAUAUAAUUUUUUGUAUCAAUUCAGUUAAAAAUAUUUAUAGAAACUUGAUUUUUUUGACAGAAAACUCAUAUUUACUUUUGGUAAAAUCUUUUUACUAGUAAAAUUAUCAAGAUAUUUAAGCUAUUUUUGAGUUAUUUAAAGACAUUUUAAUUUUUAUUUGGUGUGUAGUCUUUGGAUAAAGUUGUUAAACCCAAACAGAAAUGCUUACAAAAUUUGCAAGAGGUUGCUUAUAAGUUGUUUUUAGUAACCAAUAAGAAAAAGUAUAAUGUAUUUUUUUUUAUUUUUUUUUAUAAGCAAGAUUUUAAUAUAAAAUUUUAACGAAAAUUGUAAAUAUUACAGCUUUUCAAAACAUGUAUAACCGAACUUCACUCAGAAUCGUUUUACGUUAGUAAUAAUUUUUCAUUCCACGAACAAAAAAAAUUUAAAUCCCUUCUGUAUUCUACCUUCUCCUACAACAGUGACCAAAAUAUCUUGUGAAGUGACAGUAUUUUUUUAGCCUUAAUUAGAUAAUUAGGUAGAAAUCUAUUCAAUUUUUAAUAAAUUUCUUGAUUUUUGUUUUAAUUGAACGCUAUUUUUGCUGUACUUUUAUUAUUAUUUCCUUCAAAUUCGAACAUUAUUAACAUUGUACGUGAUUAUUAAUAAGGUCAACGGAUAGUAAUCAUUGUGUUUGUUCCUUGCUUUUGUCGACUUUAUUUUAUUUUCCUAAUAAUUAAUAAAAAAUAACCACUUAUAAAUUUAUUUUAAGAGAAACUUUAGUGUAUUUUAAUAUCAAUGAACCUAAACACAUUAUUCCGUAUUUUUAAUGCACGUUUAGUUUUCAUUAUCUAAAAAAAAAUCACACGAGUACAUCAUAAACACUAAUUACCAGUUAUAACUGUUUAAAAUUUAGACCUGAAAAUUAAGGAAGUCUACGGAUACAGAAUUCGUCCAAGAACAUUUACGAUAUUCCUACCUAUAUUAAAUUGUUUUUAAACUUUUUCGUCUGCCGUCAAAAAUAUUUCUUUGCUUCGUAAAUAAAAAAAAACAAAUAUAUUAUCGAGCUGCAUAAUAUUGUCUGGUGAAAAAAAAUUCAACAAGUUUCCAUCUGAUAAUAUGUAUCUUAACCUGUAUGUAGCUGCUUCAUCUUCAUCCAGUUUUAAGAUUUCUACGUUGUUUACUAACAAAAAAUAUAAAAGCAACAAUAAACUUUUUUAUUCUAGUCAUAUUUUCAUUUUGUAUAUUAUAUUAUAGGCCAAAAAAUAAAAUCUUGUUUGAACGAUAAAUAUGAGAAAACACGUGCGAUGACGUAAUAAACGCUUAAAGGCUUUCAACAAAUGUUUUUACACAUUAUUUUCAUGUUAUUUAAAAAAAAAAUGCACUCGAAAAAUAGAUAAAACGCUUAUUAUGUGUAGGUAUUGGCGUAUAUACAUUUUUUAUUUUUUAUAACCGGAACACAUACUUUCUACACGUUCUCUAAUAUUGUUUAUUUAUAUGAAUUUAUUUAUAUAUUUAUCUAUAUUAUAUCGUCUGAACGGUAGACUUUCCAAAUUGUGACUCGCCCCAUUCCUCAAGUCUAUCAAAGUUAUCUAAUCUUUUUGAUCUUCUCAUACUCUAUUCUUGCUCGUUCUAUUUGAAAAACAUUAAAACACAAUGAAAAUUAGGUACAAUACAUUAUCGUGUAAAAUGUUUGACGAAUCGUUUAAAAUACCCAAUCGAGUAUUUGAAAUAUCUUUAAUUUUUUGUAUUUGAAUACUUUAUAAAAUUAUCUAUUUUUUAUUUGUAAGAUUAAAAAUAAUUCUAAUAAUUUUCAUUUUCACUUACAUAUAUAUAUUAUGUAUAUUGAACAAAAAUUUUGAAUUCUCGGUAUUUUUUAUGUUCACGAGAGUGAGACCGGAAAAAUCCAAACACGAUAAGAUAAUACAUUGACAAAAUAUAAAUCGAUUGUAUUUGUUUGAACAGCCUUGAGCUGAAUAGCGAUUUACAAGUGCCCCGUAUAGUGUAUAACUUUGAGUGGUCUUAUAAUGUAGGAAAACCGCCAUAUAAUAUUGAAAUCAGAUUCAUCGGUGAUUAAUACUCCGGGAAAGCAUAUAGACACACUAUGCUUUGGAAGUUAUUAUAAUACGGUUCAGUCUUCCACCCGGUCUUAUGUCGCAUAGUAAGUAAUAUAAUUUUAUAAUACAAUGUCGAUAGAGCUAAAAGAGCGUUUAAAAGAAAUAGACCUAGGCUAAUUUUUGGCUCCACAGUCAACAAUAUGUAUUAAUGACGAGGAAUAUGGUAUAAAAAAAACCUUAACGUACUACAGUUGUCACCAUAAAGAGCUGUACAAAAAAGUAGAUUGGCGGGAGCAUGUAUGGAAAUCAAAAGAACCGAUUUGACAAGAAACUGAAUGGAAGCCAAAUACUAAAAAACAGAAAUGGCCAAAAAAAGGAUGAAAGUGCGAAAACACUUAUGAUCGUUGGAAGUCAAGGAUGGAGAAAAUGCUAUAAAUGAUAGGAUAAAGUGAAAGCAGUAAGACUUAAGAGCUUGUAAGUAAGAUAAUAAAAACAACAUAAAGACCAGUGUGUUAUGAUGUGUAAUUUAUUGUAAAUUUGAAAAAAAAAAAUUUGAUAUUUGGGAGAUAAUUUUUUGAAUUUUUCUUGUAGUUUUCUCAAUAAUACUGGAAAUUCGGAAAAUAUGUACUUAUGAUUGCCUUUAUGAAAUAACGAUUUCUAUAAUUUUGGAUUUUGUUUUAUUUCUUGUAAUUCAUUUAAUACUGUAACAUUUUCACUAGAAACUAGAACUUUUUUAGACAUUGUACAACUUUCAAAACAUUCUGGAAUUUGUAUUUUAGUUAUUUUUAGCUGUUUGAAAUUUUCAAGGUUCGAAUAUUCUAUCAUUCUAAUUUUCCACCCGCAACAAUUGCACACCCAAGUCUGUAUUUUCAAAUUAUAGAAAUAUAUAAUUCCUUUUUUUUUCUAGAGUUUUCAAUUUAUUGAGAUAUUUGCAGCAAUUACCAUACUUCUCAAUCUUUGACCUCUUUCUUAAUUGCGUGGUAUGAGUUAUACUCCUGAUCUUCCAUUAUUUAACCCAUGCAUUGCAACCGUGAUCUAUAUCAGCAGUUCUAACUUUCUACCAUUUCUUUUACGCUAUUUCUACAAUGAUCUUUCUUACAAAAAUAAUUCCAACACUUUUUCGUUAAUGAUCUUAUCGAUAUAAUUACAUAGUAUUAUAAUUUCUGGUUGAUUAAUUUAUCAGAUAUGCUUAUGAAUCAUAUUUUGAAACAGGAAGUUAAAAAAAAAAAUUUUUGUUCGAUUAGUAUCCUACAGAAGUUUAAGAUAAUAUAGUUAUAAUAUAUGCUUCCAAAUAUGUUAUACAUUUUCAGAGUUUCUACGUACCACGUGUAAAUUUAAGUUUGUGUAAUUUUUGAUGCAUAAUUUAAUUGUAUUCAACCAAACUGAAUAUCUGACUAUAUUAUAAUAGUAUUAAAUUAAUAUUUUAAAUAUUAUUUUUAGUGCUAUAAAUGUAUAGCUAUAUAAAAGACUUGAUCGUUGAAAAACUAAAUACAGCAAGUAGAAGGAAAAGUAAACACUGUAAAAGGAAAAGUUUGUUUCCCUUGAACCGCGCUUUUAUGUACCGAAGUCAGAGUAUACAAUUAUCCACGAGGGUUCAAUAAGUUUAAAUUAACUAACCCCCACUGCAGUUAUGUACAUAUACAGUUAUUUGUUUUUAUUUUGUUGAAACUGAAAAUGAUAUUAAUUUUUAUAUUAGUAUUAUAACAAAAUAUGUAAUAAAAAAAUAUUUGUAUAGUUUUUGUCCAUCUAUUCUUUGUAAAAGAGUUAAGUCGAUAAUAGUACCAACACUCAUAAUUAAGUAAUCGUGUAAUCGAAUAACUAAAAAGUCAAUUUAGAUUCUAAGUGGAGCGAAGAAGCAUGUGAUUUUACAAAGAUGUUUAUUUUUUUUUUUUUAUGUGUGCAACUUUUAUACCAGCAGAAUAGUUUGGAUUUCUACGUAUAGCACCUUUUCUGAAAUAAAAUUGGCGUUUAAAGAGGAUUUUCUCAUAAAAUCCAAAAAAACAAAACAAAAAACGGGAAAAUAUAAGAAAUUUAGGUAUUAGUUAAAACCUAUUAGGGCCUUCUUUUUUUUUUUGUAAAUAACUUUUCUUCCAGCAAGUUUGCUCUAAAUUUUAAUGAUAGCAAUGUUUUUAAAAGGCAAUUUCACUAGGGAGGUAUUUUAGAGAGGUAAUUUUUUGAUUUUCUGGAGUAAAACAUGGGAAAACCAGAUAAAAUGUAGAAAAAUUUGGACAAUCGGUACAAAAUGUAUUCAAUUUUUUUUUUUUAUAUGAAGCCUAUUAAGUUAUUUUUUUUAUUAUAAGAUAACAUACAUAUGAUUGACAAAGCGUAAUUAUUACCUUAAAUUUGCUCAGAAUCGUUUUUCCGUAAGCUAUGGUUUAUCAUUGGUUACAGAUAUACAUUAAAAUCCCGUCUAUAUCCUAGCAUCUCAACUUCCCACCUACAUCAGUAGCUGCACCAGUCCUCAUUACCUUACCUUUCUUUUUUAGAUUUUGUAUUGUUUGUUAGUUUUGAUGAAUUUUAUUUUUUGGAAAUAACAUUAAAAGGGCAAUGACAAUACAAUGCAAUUAAAACCUAGAUUGAUAAUAAUUUCCGAUUGACAAUAUAUUAUUAGGGCUUAGUUCGGUUCAUAGGACUAACAGAUGCAUAUAAGUGCUUUUAUUAAAUUAUUUUUAAAUUUAUUUUAGUACUCAGUUGGUGCAAUUUACUGGAACACCAGAGAUUAUUCAUUCAGCCAAAAAUAACUAAUAAAAAUGUGUCCCUCUGAUUCUCACAGAUAAGUAAUCAGUGGUCAAAUUUUCGAUUCACGAAAAUAUAUAUGUAGUUACUUACUACUUUCUGUAUAAGAAUGAAAAUCUGAAAUAUUUAUUAAAUGAAGGAUAUUAUUUGAGUAUUGAGUGAAUUGAGAGGAAGUUUACUUUUGAUAAGAUAUUUACCAAAGUUUCAAUGAAAAGAAAUAUUAUUUGCUUCAUUAGUUAUCAGUUGGCUAAUUUGAUAAAUGUGGUCAAGUCUAUAGAAAAUUGAACUGAAGCAUCCGAUACCUAAUCGCUUUAAAUAUGUAAAACUGCACAGUACUAAAGUAUUUAAAACACUUAUUAGCUAUAUUGAAAUACAAUUGUUUUUAAAAUGUAAUUUUAUUAAAUUACAGUUAAAUAUAUAUAUAUAUAUAUAUGUUUUUAUUUAUUUAUUUUAUUUCAAUAAAGUAAAAAACUUGUGAUAUUUUUGACAUCCGAAUUAGAAAGCAUUUUUUAGUUAUUUUUUUUAUUAUUUAAUUAUUAAGAGCACAGACGUAUAAUGAUAUUCCUGGAGGUUCAUUUGUUUAUUUUUUUCCUCCUGUGUAAAAGAUAUUAUAAUAACGAUAUUAUUCAUACAACAGCUAGAGCAACAAGUUGAAAAAACCCGCAAAAUUAAAAUUUUACCCGAAAAGUUGUUGAAAAAAAAAAACCCGCAUUAAUGUGUAUUUGAAUUAUUUAUUUUUUUUAAUUUAUAGUGCCUCCGAAUAUUUUGGACUACCCGACCAGCAACGACAUGGUGCUGAGAGAAGGCGGUAAUGUCUCGAUGCAAUGCUCUGCGUCCGGUUUUCCGACCCCGAACAUCACCUGGCGGAGGGAAGGCGGCGCUCUGAUUUCCGUAACCCCGAAAUCGAACGGUUAGUCAUAAUUAAUCAUAAUAAUAAUAUAUGUUUACUUAAAAUAUGUUAAGUAAGACAUAAAAAAAAAAAACAAUAUUAAACAUAAUCCUAUAUAAUCGUCAACGUCAUAUUAUUAUUUAUACAAUGAUAAUAUAUGUAAUCGCGUGUAUGUUAUAAAUAUAUAUUUCAACGAUGGAAAAAAAAAAACAUUUACGUAUUUGAGGGACUUGAUAAUAUUUUUUAAAUGAUCUGAAAUAACUAUAUCUGUUGCUGAACCUCUGGAUAAAUAUUUAAAUCGGUACGUCUCCGUACUCGAUAUACUGUAUAAUAUCCAUAUAAAAAAUACAUCUUUCAUAUUAUUACUAUAUUACGAACAAUAGUCAUCUUAGGUACUUAAAUUUAACAAUAAUAUUAUUUUGUAAAAUAAACAGUUGUUCCAAUAUUUUAUAGAUACUAUAGCUGGGGUUGUUGUAAAGUAUGUUCCAAUCAUAAUAUAGAUACAAUGGUUUACUAAAUUAUUUAUUAUUUAUUGAAUGUUAUAAAUGAAAAUGAAAUUUACAGUAUAAACAUGAGAGUAUUAAUAUUUGAAAUUUGAAUUUUUUUUUAUUUUGAUCUGAUACUUGUGGGCCGAUUAAUUAAUGAUCGUGGUCGGGAUUUUGCAAACAGGCCGUAACUGGUCACCAUUGUUUUAGAAUUAUCAUAUAUUUGAUAUUUUAUUAUAAUUAUUUAAUUUUUGCAAACUAUGUUUUUUUAUCAGAAAUAUUGCUACAAUAGAAAAACGACGAGAAAACCUUUUUGUAGAAUUUGUAAUCCAGUUUGUGAGUAACUUUUUGUUUGUUUUAGUUUUGUUAUUUUCGAUUCUCCCCCAUUUUUUUUUUUUAAUAAUUGAGCAAAACCGAGAAAACAAGUAAAUUUACGAAAAUAAUACUUUUAUUAUUUCCCUUUUUCUAUUUCUGUUGUAAAUCGAUCAAAACGUAGAGACUUGAAACUUUGACAGGUAACUUAUAUUUGUACUUUCUAGACUUUCCUCUACCUUCCAAACUUCUUACACACAAAAAUGGCCCAACCAUCGUGAAAAUAUGUCGGUUUUUUUUUAUUACAUACCAUUUAUGAUUGCAAUAAAAAAUAUCCUGAAAAUUUCACAUUGGAAGCCAUGUAUAAUAUUCUCAUAAUAUUUAUAUAUAAUGAUAUGAAGUAUAAAUAUGAAAAAUGUAUAAUUGUUUUACUUAAAAAUGUUUUUAUCUUAUAUCUACAAAAUAUAAUAGUUUAUUUUCAAAACUAAUCUAAAAUUUAGUUUAUUUCAUAAAACGUGAGCUUUAACGUCUUUGUUUUUAUUUCACGAGUAUUUCACUAAAUGUCAAUUCGAUUACAACAAAAAUAAAUUCAAUAUUUGGAACGUAGGGAGGGAUUUACCUAUUGUUUUUACUAUGAUUUGUGUUUUAUAUUUUUUUACCGUUUAUUUUUUUGUUGUGUGCAAACUCACAAAUAUUGCUUUGAUAUAUAGAGGGUAUAAUAUUUUCUAAAAAGAAAUUAUGUAUAUUAUUAAAAAGGUAUUUUUUUUUUUUUGAUUUUCUAAACGGUUUUUAAAAUAAUUUAGAAAAACCUGAUACUAAAUUAUUGGUGAAACGACAAAUAUUUAAUUACCGAUUUCAUUGUUUUUAAUUUAUACAUUUUAUAUUUUCUAAGAGGAAAUAUUGUUUCAAUAGAAAAAUUGUUAGACUAAGCAGAAUUUCCUGAAAAUUUAACAUCAUAUAAUUUUCAUUAUAAGUUGUACUUAAGAGUCAAAAAAAAAAAAAAAAAACAAUUUGUGUUUUGUAGUAUAUUCCUUUAUACAAAUUUUAAUAUCAAAUUUUGACGAAAAUCGUAAAUAUUAUGACAUUUCAAAGUGUGUAGAACAGAACUUCUCUCCUAAUCUUUUUUUCGUUAGCAAUGGUUUAUCGUUGGUUACAGGUAUAAAUUAAAUAACUUUAUGUAUUCUACCUUCCCGACUUCUCCCUACACCAGUGGCGUACCCGUAUCCAAUAUAAAUUGUAUUUUUAUUAAAUUAAUUUUGUUUUAUGUCAUGUAUACGUCUCCUUUCUGCAAUAAAUAUUGUUAACAUAUACCUAUACACGGGCAUGUUAUUAUGGCCAUGUCCCCUUUUUGCAGUAACCGCGUGCUUAAUGCGAAAUAAUAAUAAAAUCGAAAAGUAUAGAUAUAUGUACCACUUCUCAUUCCUACAGUAAGUAAGCGAGUCAUAAAAUAUUUUGCACUGGACAAAUAUUUAUUCACUUCAUAUAGAACAUGUUUUUCCUCGAUUCACGCGUAUUAUGAAUGUCCCGGGUUUUAGAUUUUAAGCUGUGCGCUCGUGUAUUUGCGCUUUGCUAGUCAUAUUGACGGAUACAUUUCUCUACAUCCGAACCGUGUAUUCAGUCAUAAUUAUCAAACACGUUUUUAUUUUAAUAAUAAAAACACACAAUAUUAUAACAAAUAUUAUAGCAAUACUAUACACGACUGAAUGGUGUGCAUAUUGUCAACAAUCGGAUUGGCGUCAAAUAAUAUUGCAGAUUUCACGAAUCAAAAAAUAAUUAUAUUAUUAUAUCCAACGGUCGUUGCACGCGCUAAGUAAAAAAAAAAAAAGAAGCGUAACGAACAACAGUGUAUAUUAUAUCAAACAACGUUCCCAUUUAAACACAUGUAAACCGGCUCAUGAUUUUUUCGCACGCAUCACUAUAAAACUACAAAGUCAAUUGAAUUCUAAUUUAUAUUGAAACAUUGAAAAUAUUACUGAAAGGUGUCUUUUCUAAUUUUAUGCAAACCGGUUCAAUAGAACGGAAGUUAUGGGCAUUAAUGUUUGGAAUUUUUACAAAAAAAGGUAUUGAUAUGGACCAAUAUGACUGAUGUGUAAAUUAAAAUUUCCUUUAGGUGUUGCUAGGAUGCAAUCUGAAAGUAUUUUGAAAUAAUAAUAAUAUUGCGCAGCUAAUAAUAGAUCAACUAAAAAAAAAAAAUAUUGUAAAACAAUAUUUUCUCAGUGACGCAUGUUGAAAUCAAUCGCAAAAAAAGGGUGAUACCACAACAAAAACACUUCGUCUACAACUUUGUGUAAAAAAAAGGCUAAGUAAAAAAAAAAUCACCAGUUAUUACGUAUUUUAUAAGUGUUUACCAUCAUAAAGUUGAUAUAUCAUUUGUGGUGCUUAGUAAAGUUUUCGAUUUACUUGGUGAGAGUAAAUAAAAUUUCCUAAAAAGAUGUCCUAAAUAGUUAUACAAUAGCAAAUAGAUAAAAAAGUUAUAAAAUUUACUAAUUAUUUUAUUAUUAUAAUGCUGUAUAAAUAUGCUUAAAUGAAUAAAUAUUUACUUAAAAUACUUAACAUCUUAUUAAACGCGGUUAUGACAUCUAUUUAGGAAAUUUUAUUUUCUCUCGACAAGUUAAUCGAAAAUUUUACUUAGUAUCACAAAUUUAUGAUGCUGAACGCUAACGAGAUACGUAAUAUCUGAUGAUUUUUUUUUUUACUUAGCCUUUCUUUUGUACGGACCUGCAGGCGAAGUGUUUUUGUUGUGACUAAAAGUAUAACGAUGUUUAAUGGAAAGCAGUUUUGUCCACACGUAGCUAAUAAUUUGACCUCACGAGUCGAAACAAAAAAACGUUGUUUUUGUCUACCUGUUAGAUGUCAUAAACAAUGUUGUGACUGAUAGAAAUGUAUACAAUGAAUAAAAAUAAAACUGAACAUUUAAAAAAAAAAAAAAAUCCGAUGAUAUUUGUAUUUAAACACAAAUUGUAAUGUAUGCACGUUGCAAUUUACGCUCUAAGUUAAAGAAAAAUAUAGAAGAAAGAAAGACUGACGUACACAAAGGAAAAUCUAUUCGGCCACGAUAUCGGAAACAAAAAAAAAAAUUAUGUAUUUGAAAAAUGUAACCGCUACGGCGAAAAGGCCGUUCACGUCAUACCGAAUAUUGUCGAUCGAGAUGACACGUGCGGCACUUUUAUUCGUAUACACAACAGAGUUAAUACGCUCUAUUGAUUUUCAUGUACACGGUACAUUUUCAUGUAGAUAGUCGUAUAUAAUGUGUUUUUUAAGUCGAACCGAUUAUUAUAUUAUUUUAACACUGGUCUCUAUAAUAAACACAAUAAUAGUAUAUUAUUUGACGUAUCAUGUUACGAUUGUCUGCGUGUUAUUAGUCAUUAGUACAGGUAAUAGGUACGUUCUAUUUCAGACGUUAUUGCUUAAUUUUAUUUUUUAAAUUCUUAGUAUCCGAGUAUCCGAGGAGUACCUAGUUCUUUAUAAUUGUACGUGUUUUUUUUUCUUCAUUAACCGUAAAACACUUUACGGUUAGUAAAAAAAAUAAUCUUAAACGUUCAUAUCAUGUCUUAAAAACUGCUAAAAAAUUUCAUCCUAAGUUACUUUAUUAAAUUUUGAAACGUGUUUUUAAAUCUCCAAUUAUUUUUCCAAACAAUUUAUUUUCCUUUUUUUAUUUUCUAAUAUUUUUUUUUUUUUUUUGGUUAAGCCAAUGCUCAAUUUUUUUCACUUAGUACCUCGAAAAAUUGUUAAUUUUUUUCCACUGGUGCUUUAUUUAAAACAGUUUUUCACCCUUUUUACUUUUAUUUAACGUACCAGGUGAUCUAUAUAAGUGGGUACACUCAUUAUCUCGAAAAAUAUUAACUUUUUUCUGAAUUUGUUUUCUAGAACAUUUUAGAAACAAGCUGCUUUUUGUCACACUAAUUUUUGGAGAAAAAACCACUCCCUACUUUUGAUUUUCAAAUGGUAACCUAUAUUAGAAAGUCUAUAAAUAUAUGGAAUAUUAGUUAAAAUAAAUUUUAGUGUUGAUUUCCAUCGAUCCGUUGACGAGAUAUUCCACUUUUAAUUUUAGGUUGAAGAAGAGUAAUGGUUCAUAAUUAACACUCCACGCGCCAUACCACCACACAAAUGAUAUUCCACUAAGAACUCUAACGUACUUUUACUAAAUGAAAAAGUAUUUUUCAAAAAAAUAAAACAUCUUAUUAAUGAAAUAAAUAUAGCUUGCCUUCACUACACUCGGUGUCAAAAAAAUAAAGACCCCAUAGUUUUGUUGCAUAAUUUAAAAAAAAAAAUUAUAAAUAUAAUGUUUGUAUUUUUUUUUUUAACAAUUUUUAUACAAUUUUCUUAACUCUCGACUAAAAUGUACAAAAAUUAUAUUUCUACUUAUAACCAAAAUCAAAUUUACUCUACAUUCCCGUCGUGUAUAUUAUAUACGAUAGUUCGUGAUAACAUAUAGAGUUACCAUGCAUAUUAUAAUAUUAUCAUCAUAAAACGUUAUACCUUUACACUACAUCUGGUGUGUCUUAAAUAUUUCAAAAUGAGUAAGUCGGUUAGGUAUACUUACUAUAAUAUGGUUUAGCGACCGUAUUCCAUAAACGCACAGCCGUUGAAAAUUUAAUAAUACACACAACAAUCCAUCAUUAAUCUCGCGUGAACGUCUACAAUGGUGACACUCGUCGAAAAAUCUAAAACGUCGUACUGUUUAAGAGGACCUUCCGAUUUUUUAUAUUGUGACAAAAAUCACUUGGCCAACUCAAAUAAUAAUAAUAUGGAACUAUUUAGAAGACGCCACACCCGCGUGUGUUGUCUCCAUCAUACAAACGUUUACGAUCGAUAAUUUAUGUUAAGCAGGAGUAACUUUGUGUUGUUAUUUUCAAAAUUAGAAUAAAUUGACUUACAGAGUGGCCCAGCGAAACGGAAAAAUUUUAAUUAACGUUUACAAAGUUUAAAAAACUGUUUUUCAAUACUUUUUGUAUAAAAUAUAGAAGGCAUAAUAUGACAUUUAAUAGGUUAAAAACACUAAAAUCUUAAAUUCGGUAAAUAAUAACAGCAAUAUGCUGUAGAGGAGCAGAUGCAUUCCUGGAAUUGUGACGGUUUUGUAUCACAAAGAGUGCUUUGUAACAUCUCCAUUGGGGUAAAAACAAUUUCUUCUUAAAUUCUUGUCUUCAACUAGAAAGAUGUUGUUGGGUGAGUUCAAAUCAUUGUACAGUAUUUGACAGGUAGAUGUUUAUCUGAGAUUAAAUGCUACUGUUUGUUUUAUUACAGAACUUCGUGGGCUCUUUUUAAACAACUUCCGAAUUCAAUGUUCUCAAGGUUUCGUUGAGUUCAUUGCGCUUCUAGAGGUUUCUUUUUAAGACUUGAACCCAUCCAACCUCAAUGUUUAUUCUCAACCCAAGUCUUGAUUGCGUUGCUUAAUGAAACACGAUCAUAACGUCCUAAAUUAAAAUGAUGUCAAAACUUCUAGCAAAUCACAGUCAGACUAUCACUGUUUUGUAAUAUGCCUUGUAAAAUGCGCGUUGUGAACCGAUCCAGUAGAUUUAUGACUACUUAAUGACAGGUAUCUGUGAACACACCAAAAACACUACCGCCUUUCUAAGAGGUCUUCAGUGCUACCACUGUAACUUUUAAAUUUCUCUGUUUCACUAGUCCACUCCGUAUUAUCAAACUUCAAAAUAAAUGCAAUUAGGUAAAACUGCUUGUUUUCGCUAUUUUAAUAUCAAAAAGAAUUUUCAAGUUAAUUGUUUUUAAAUUUUAUGAUAGUUUAAUUCAGUAUAAUAUUAAAACUAACAACUCAAAGUUCCCUCUGUUGAACACAAAUAUACUAUAUCGCACGUUUGUAAAACGAAAACAGAAAAUACGGGUUUGGCAUUCUCCAAUCGCCGUAGAUUAUAGAUUAAUCAAAUUGGUUCAAAAAAAUAAAAACAUUAGAAAAUAAUCAAAAGUCGGAUAAAAUGUUCCCCCUACCACUAACCAAAAACAACAACAACAUUUUUAAUAUUUUACCCUAAUAUAUUUAGCGUUUGGAAAUAUAAAUUUCAAUAUUUUUCAAGUAAAAAAAAAACAAUUUUUUUUUUAAAUCUGACCACUUUAAUAGACAAAAGAGUUAACCAUAUAUAUAAAGCAAUGAUUAUAAGCAAAACAACCAAUCGUGCACGGUUCUCAAGGAAACAUUUUAAAAUAUUGUAAAUAUUAAACGAUUCUACACAUGUGUAUAUUGUAAUAACCAGACAGAAAAAUAAAAUCAUAUUUACUCAAUCUUUAAAACCAGGUCCAUGAUAAAUAAAACACUACACAAAAAUGUGCACAAUUAAGUGCGUAGGGCAUAUUAUAGGUUGCGUAAUAAGUGAUUAGUCGUGUGCUUGGAAGUCUAAAUAAAUGGCAAAACGGAUGUUAAACGAGUUGGUUUGCACCUAAUCAGUUUUUCGAUUGUAACAUUUUAUGUGGAAAUUUCGGAUUUUAAAAAUAAUUUGUUUUUUUUUUAAAGAUAUUAUUACCCCGGGGUCAAAAUACAUUUAAUACAUAUAAUGUUAUUAUAUGGUAAAAACUGUUAAAUUUGGAUAUUCAGCUAAAUAUUAUCGAUCAUAUCGUCGUUAAACGUUUGUUUCUUGACAGUUCAAGAUAUUAUAUUCUACACAGUAUGGCAGUAUAUACCAUGUGUAUGUAAACGUGGUCUCAAAAAAAAAAAAAAAUUGUACCGUGAACUGUAUUGUGAAUUUUAGAUAUCUUUUGUUUUAACGCACGUCCUUUGAACUUUUAUAACUUAUAAAGUUGCGGUUGUUUUGGUGUGGUCCCAUUCAUGUUAAAUCGGACGGUUAAACACAAGGGGAUAAAGGUAUACAUCUUCCCUCCACCACAUUUUUUUAAUAAUAGGGUUUUUUUUUCAACUAUGCUCAUUCUAUUUGUGUGAUUCAAUUAUGCAUAAAUUCAAAUUAUAAUUUUUAAAUGCAUUGAAAAAAAGACAUGUGAUGAGUUACAAUAAAUAAUUUAAGAAGUUAUAUUAAUAGUAUCUUAUGAAGUAUGAAUUUUAUAUUAUGAUUGUUUAGAUAAAUACCCUUUUUUAUAUGAAAAAUAGUAUACAUAGUUUUAAAACAUAGAAUCUAGUAGAUAUUGUUUAUUAGUUCAUUAGUAUAUUAUCAGAGUUCUGGUUUUAUAGCACUGGAAAGUACUGAAAUAUACAAGGUGAUUCAUUUAAGUGAGUACAUUCAUUAUCUCGGAACGUAUUAUCUUUUUUUCGGAAUUUAUAUUCUAGGACAUUUAAGAAACAAGCUACUCCACAAUUUAUAUUUAUGUUAUUUCUUGUCGCACUUAUUUUUGAGGGUAAAACAACUACCUACUUUUGAUUUUUAAAUGGCAACCUAUAUUUCAAAGUCAAUAAAUUGCGUAUUAGUUAAAAUAAAUUUUAGUAUUGAUAUUUUUUAUUUCCGUCCAUCCGUUGACGAAAUACUCUACUUUUAAGUAUGGGUUGGAGGAGAGUAGUAAAGUAUCAUUAGCGUAGCGGUACGGCGCGCGGCGUUUUAAUAAUUCACCACUACUUUCUUUCAACCUAAAAUUAAAAGAGGAAUAUCUCGUCAACGACUUGACAGAAAUCAAAAAUUUCAACACUCAAAUUUAUUUUAACUGAUACUCCAUCUCUUUAUGGAAUUAUAGAACAUAGGUCGCCAUUUGAAAAUCAAAAGUAAAUAGUGGUUUUACCCCCAAAAAUAAGGGUUACGAAAAAUAACAUAAAUAUAAAAUUGUAGUGCUGGUUAUUUCUUAAAUGUUCUAGUAAUUUAAUUCCGAAAGUUAUUACUUCCCGAGAUAAUGCGUGUACCCACUUAAACUAAACUAUUUUAUUAACAUUCCGACGAAUCAUUUUGUGAAUAUGUUGGAGCAAUUAUCAAUAUAAUUUGAAAAUCGUUUUUAAGAAUUCAAAUCACAUAUGAUUUCAUUCGGAUAAUUGAAAACCUAUGUCCGUCUUUUGCAAAUGAGGUUUAAAAAACUGUUCAACUUGAACUUAUUGAUUUAAAAACAAAUAACUAAUUGAAAAACGUAUGUAAAGAAAUCACAGACAAAAACGGACCGCGGGUUGAGCACGCCUGUAUUAUACCCUCCAAAUUCGAUUUAUUAUUAUGUACUUUUUUUUCUACGAUUUAUCGAACUUUUAAUAAUAAACUUUGUACAAAUCAUCUAGGUACCUAUACCGUUUAGGUAACGGGCGCAGCAAACAAACCCAUCAAAUGCACAUGGCACGAAAUACUUAUAAGACCUAUACAUACACCGUACACGCACACACAUACACACACAAGUACAUAUUAUAUAUCCUAUACAAACCUGUCAAAUAGGUAGCGAAUCGUUAUCACUGUAAUAGUAUUGUAUAAAUGUUACACAACAGUAUGUGUAAUAUGGGAAUAAAAGUUAAAAAGAUUUUCUGGUGUUUAUUGCAUUGUUUUCCUUGAGUUAAAUUAAAUAUUGCUAAUAACGUUGUAAAUCAACGAAAUAAUAUUUUAACUUAUUGCGCUAGUUUAAUAUCAGUAUAAUAUCACAAAAUUAUUUUUCGUUAUAAAUAGGUAUAAUAUUAUUUUUUGAAUUUUCGUACACUUUUGCCAUUUCAAAAUAAAAACUUUUUACAAGGAAAUUAAAACACUUGGAAGAAAAUAAAAAAAAAUAAAUAUAUUUAUUAAGCCCACAGUCGCUGAUUAUAAAUAUGUUGCAAUAAUCGCAUUAAAUAUUUUUAAUUAUUGAUUUCCGCAUAUCUACUUAAAAAAUAAUAUUUUCAUUUUAUUUAUUCGUAUUAUUUAUUUCGUAAACUUUGCUUUUUAAAUAUAGAAGAAAUAUUCUCACUUUUAAAAAAAUGCGAAUUUAUAUUCAAAUGUUUAACGUUAACUUAACAGUUUUCGAUAAGAAGGUAUUAAUGGGGAAUCUUGUGAAAUGAUUUUUUCCUAAAAAUAAAAUUCGGUAAGUAGGCACCUACUUAAUGUAGAUAAAUAUUAAUUUAUUAAAAUAUAACGCUGAUAAAGUUAAAUAUAAAAUAUAAACUUAAAAAUAAUUUAUAAUACCAACAGAAUAAGCGUACAAUAUAGGCGUAUUUCUGAAACGGGUGAAGGAUGCGAUUGCCCCCCCCCCCGUAUGCAACGUGAUGUUCUUUUUUUUUAUGUACAAAUGCAACUAGUUCCAAACGCCAAAAAGAUGAUUCCGGAUCUAGGAAAUACUUUGAUUGAAACAAGAAUGUAACACUUCUCAUUGAUAAAUUUCAAUAAAUAUUCUCUCAAAGGUCAGAUAAAAUGAUGGAAACCUGACUGGGAAAAAUCGUUUUGCAAAGAUAUAAUAAAAUAACAUAUUUUUCGAAUCAAAAUCAAAAUGUUUAAUUAAAUUUAAAUUUUAGAUUCUGAGUGUGCAUUAGGUACAUUCUUCACACCUAUUGGAUUUACGUUUUAUUUUUUUUUAUACUGUGACAACAAUGUCUACUAUUUUAGACGAAAAAUUGUAAAAGUUUUGUCCCGAUUUCCUGUCCCUUUGGAUAUUAUGAAAAGUACAAGAAAAAUCAGAUAUACGAAAUUAUCCGCGAGAAUCAUAAACUAUUACUUCUGACGUUUAAUUAUUAGAUAAAUUCUUUGUUUAAAACUGGUCAAAAAUUUUUUUACAGACAGAAAAAUAUACACAUCAAAUCAUAAAACUAAUACAUUCCUUGUUUAUCUCGGAAGGUUAUGUUAUCUUAUCUUAUAUAUACAAUUCUCCGGAAACAGUAUUUGUUAUUCGAGAACUCCUCUGAAACGGCUUGAUCGAUUUUCAUGAAAUUGUUUGUGUAUAUUUGAUAGGUCUAAGGUCAUAAAGUAUUUUUCACCCUCCUACUCUCACCUACUAUUUGAUUUUGAUUAUCGUGAUUUUAGUAUUUUCGUUUAUAAAUAUAUAUAUAUGUAUAUAAAAAAUGAAAAAAAAAAAAAAGGUGUUUAAUUAUUAUUACAAAUUAAUCGGAAAAUAUCACGUGGUCAUCAGAAUCGGUCCAGCAGUUCUUGAGUUAUAAAUGAUGUAACUAACCCGAAUUUGUUUUAUUUAUUUAAGAUUUUUGUUUAUUCAAGAGUUGCCACGGAAAAGAAAACUGUUACAAUUAUUAUUAUUAUUAUUAUUAUUACUAUUUACACUGUUCAAAUUUCGCAAUAGAACACAUUGGUGGACCAUACACUUUCCACCUAUUUGUUGCCAUUCAAUUCUAACACGGCCAAAAUCGAAUAUGAAUACGAGUAAAAUAAUAAUACUGCAAGUUGGCACGGGCAACGCCGGGCGCGGGACAACUAGUAUUAAAUAAAUGUACGUUUUAAUUUGGUGUAAUUUAUUUUCGUAGUAAUUAAAAUUAUUUACGCUUUAUGUGAUUCAUGCCAUAAAAUCAACUAUUUAAAAUUAAAUAAACAUGUUGGCAUUGUGUGCGGAUGCCGCAAUAUUAUAAUAAUAUAUGGUUUCAACGUCAUACAACUUAUUUAGUUAAUAAAACGGUCUCGUACAGAAAUACGCUUUACAAUAGUAUUAUUUUGAUCUGCACUAAACCAACACGGUAUUAUUAUGGUCAUAUUAUUAUAAUAUCGGCGCCAUGUGGUGUUUCGUUAACGUUCGUACAAUAAUAUUUUCGUAAAUAAUUAUCGUGUUAUUCCGGAAGGUCUGUCCGACUACCAUGGACGUUAACGUGAAAUGGUCGAAAGCGCAUGAAAAACAUUCGGCAGUACGAGAUGAGAACGGUCAACAUAUUAUUACCAUAGGCGUGUCUACGGGGGGGGGGGUGAUAGGGCGGACAGCUGCUUCUUCGAUGAGACCUGAGACUUAUUGUAUUAUAUUUUAUCAUUUACUGUCUAUUAUUUUAUAACCAUCCUAAAAUAUUCGUUUGCAAUCUAUCGUAAUUUUGUAAACGAGUUUAUUAUCAGAUUUAAACGUAGGAUAAAAUGAUUAACGACACACAUUGGUUAGGUUCAAUCAAGAGACAAUUCUAACGUCAAACGAUAAAAAAGGUAUUGGCCGUUUAGUUAAUUUUUGAAGUUAAUAAUGAAAAUGUUUUGAAUUUGAUUCAGGUGUUUGAUUUAAACCAGAAUUAGUGAACAAACGAAGAUCAGCGUUUAUAACAAUCCAAUUACCUAAAGCCAGCAAAAAUAAAUGUCUUAAUUAGAUAUAAUGGCAGGUUUAAAAUGAAAGAGACACGAUAUUUAUAAAUGCAUCAUAAUAUUUAGCUAUGAAAACUUUUGUUACCGCUUUAUUAAACAAGAAUUAGAUUAUAAUAACAACGGUAAUGUCGUUAUAAAAACUGUUAAAAUUUCAAGACCAUACAUACCAUCGAAACAUUACACUGCAGAAUACAACUGUUAUUAUUCACAACAUUUACAAUACACAGUAAAUAAAUGUAUUUAUUUAUUCAAAACGAAUUAUAAUCAUUAGGUAACCAAUGUGUUUUAGUUGCGUUAAAAUAUUUAUUAUCACAAGAUUACACGCGACUAACACGUGUCUACACAUUAUGGGUACAUAUAUAUUUAUAGAUGUAUCAUUUUCAAAAUUUAGAUUAAGAGCUUUGGAUUAUGAUUUUUGAAAAAAGUACAACAAUUUUAGGUGAAUAUGUUAAUAUUGAUUAGUUACACUCUGGAGAAUGAGCGAAUAUACACAGACAUACAUUUUAACUUUUCCUCCCCAACGCUUAUGUAUAUUAUUAUACAUACCUAUCCAUCCAUGAAUGUACUUUUGCCCGUGAAAGUAAAUAAUUUUCAAUUCAUUUUAAACACCAGGAUAUCAGAAUCCGAACCCGAAUCGACUUUUAUCGCCAAAAAAAAUUUCACUAACGAUCGAACACUGUUACGAAUUCUGACCGGGUACGAUCGCGUCACGCACGUUUACGUUCGUAGAUAUGUACACUGGUACCUACACGUAAUUGGCAUCCGGACAAAAGGCGUUAUCGAUACCAUUUCACAAACGCGUAUAAUAUUUACAUGUAUGAAUUCUUUUAUAUUUCAUACUCACACCGUGUAGACGUGUAGUGCACUACAAUUAUUAUUACUACGACUAUUAUAAAACAUGUGCACUGUCUACUAUGAUACCGUCACCUUACAUUUUUACCAAGACCGUUCGACGUCUGUAUAAAAAAUAAUAUGCCCAUAGACUACAAUAUAGGUGCAUAUUAUAGUAAAAACGACAGCGACUUUGUGUUUUUCUUUCUCCUGUUUUCGUACCUAGUGUGACGAAGAUUUUGUUUGUUUUUUUGUUUUUUUUUUUUUUUUUUUUUUUUUUUGUUACGUUCGUAUGUCCGCGAAAAUGCGACGACGUUUUCACGAGUAAUCGGCGUCGCCGUGUAUGAUGAUCGACUAUUCUGUCCGAACAGUACUUUAUAUUAUAGCCUAUACUCGUCAUUGUCGUCACCUACCGCUAACAUUUUCUCAUUUCAACGUGGUUUUAUAUUGCAUUCAUAUACUAGUUUAGGCAUAGGCAAUUUUUACUAGCCAUAAAAAAAUAUGUACUGUAUUUAUUUCCUCGGUAACAAAAAAAAAAAAGAAAAGAAAAAGAAUUGUAACUAUCUUCAAAAUCAAUACGUUUUGUACAUUAUAAACUUGUUGGGUAACGAGUAAAUACAACUAUCGACGUUUCAAUGUAAAGUAUUCCUUACAUAAUAUUGUAAAUCAGCUACAUCAGUAAUGGAUUUCUAAAUGAGGGCUAAACAUAGUGAAUAAAACUAAGUAUACCUACAUUUAAUAAUGCAAGCAUACAUCUAUUAUGCUUAAAGCAUUUUUUUUAAGGUUACAUUUUGCACAAUACGCAAUAAAACAUUGUGUAAUAGUGUAACAUAAGUAAUUAUUUUGUGUGGGUAUUUUAUUUAGUUGAUAGUGCAAAUGCUCAAAAAUUAUUAUUUUAUUAAUUGUACUUUUUCGAAAAUAGAUAGCUUUUAUUUAUCUAUUUAUUUUAGAUUCUGAGUGGAGUGAAGAAGCUAAUGGUUUUUCAAUGAUAUUUAUUUCAUUUCUUUUUUCUGUGGACAACUUUUCUACCAAAAUCCUCGGUCCAAUUUUUAAAUGUAGCACUUUUUCUGAAAGGAAAUCUAAUUGGGAAGAUACUUGAAGGUGGUCAUUUUUUGAUUUUCUUUUAGGAGUUUUUCCAGUAAAUGAUAAAAACCUAGAAAAAACAUUGGAACGCCGGAAAAAACGUAGACAAAACGGCAAAAUAGGUACAAUAUUAAACAAUUAUUAUUGAAGAAAAUGUAUAAUGUACGUGCGAUUAUUUUACCAUAAUAUGACGCAUAUAUAUAUAUUGUUGACAUAGCAACACUGUCAACUAAACUCUGCUCAGGAUCGUUUUUUCGUUAGCAAGGGUUUACCGAUAUACAUUAAAUUUCCCCUCUACUACCUUCAAAACUUUUCAAUUACAAUAUUGGCACACCAACCUGUGAAGUGUGUUUUUAUUUAUUUUAACACAUCUAACAUCUCCUCGUUCUCACUAUUGAUUAAAGCUGAUUAGCCAUUUAGCUAUUGCACCUUUGCACUGGUGUACGCCACUGCAGUGCACAUUCGAUUCUUUAUCAAAUACAUUUUGUAGCUGUAAAAAUAAAUAAUGUAAUAAGUCGUUUUAUUCAAUUUAUUUUAAGUGUUUCACUAUAUUACGAAGCUAGGUACGCGAAAAGUUAUAUACAGGUAUAUUUUGAAAAUAAAACCAAUAUAAUAAAUUCAAAAUCGACUAAUUAUUUUCUCGUUCCACUCGCUAUCUAAAAUCGUAUAAAACAAAACUAAAUACAAAGCCAAAUUAAUCUAAAUAAUGAAGAAAUAUAUUAUAUGAUAUAUUUAUGAAAAGGAUCAAGCGCGUAAAAGAAUAACGAACUUUAUUUUUAAUGAUGAUUGAAAUGAAAUGUUCCACAAUAAUGAAAAUGAUUGAGUGUUCCGAAAUAGAAAGUUGUUAUGCUUAUGACUAUUAUAAAUUAAAUUAUGACGAGUAACUUUUAAUUUAAUUAUUAAGUUCAAGAAUCAAUUUAUAAUACUGCAGAACUAUAAAAUUUUGUGAAAUAAUAAUACAAAAAUAAAAUAUUACAAGUUCACAAUUAUAGCAUAAUAUAUAGUAAAAUGUAUUAAAUUAAAUUAUAAAUUUUAGGCAUCUACUUCAAAUCGAUUAUAGAACUAAAACCCAAAAUGUUUUUUGUUGUUGUAUAAAUCGAUGACCUGUUAUUUUAGAUUACUGUUUUUUAUUGUCUCUAAACAACUUUUCUAUGCCUGUGAUUCCCAUCAAAUCAAAUUGAAAUUUAGUUGAAAAUAAUUGUAAAAACAUGACAUGGUUACUUAUAUUAAUACUUGUUAGACGUGAUCAAAUUAUCAGAAUAUUUUCCUAUAUUUUAGCUAAACGAUUUUUUUUUUCGUAUACAAUUUUCCGAUUUAUGUGAAUACAGUUUAUGAGACCAAAUUUCGCUCAGAAAUGCUUUUUAUAAUAAAUAAUUCUGACGAAAAUUUAAUUGCUGUGUAUUGUAUCUUACCUUCCUAACUUUCUAUAUAAAGUAAUGUCAUACAUAUAGUGCGACAUUAAUCGUCUAUUUUUUUCAAUUCCCAUAUUUUAUUAUUUUAAUCAAUAGAAACUGUUAGUAUAAUUGCAUAUGGGGAGAAAAAAAACUAAAACACGCCAUAACUAUUAGGUGUUCACUCUCCACUGAACUCAUUUAUUCGAUUGUUCCUUUUAGUCAGAAUUACGAGAAUAUUACUUUGCAGUGGGUGGUUUAAAUGAGCCCAAUUUUUAUAUUAUUUUUAAAUAUUCACUUCGGCAAUUUCGUAAGUUAUAAAUAUAAACGUUGUGUUGUUGGGAGUUAUAUUGGUUGAUUUAUUGAAAAAUAAUAUUCAACAGUGUAUUUUUGACCACUUGGUAAAACGUUUUCUUACCUUUUCAUCCGGAAAAAAAAUUUAAAUAUUUAAAUUGAAUAAUUGAAUAAUUAAAAUAUAUAAAGUCCCAUCAGACGAGAAAUAUAAUAAUUAUAAUAGUUUUUGGGAAAUCACCAGGCAAAUUUAGUGUAUAUAUAACGAUUUAUAUACUAAAAUUUACAAAUUAAUUAAUAAUUUAAAUAGAUACACAUAGCUAGUUUAUACGCUUUUUUAAAUCGUAUAUUUAAGAACCUUUUUUUUCUGUUUAUCGGUUGGAUUUAAAAAUACAAUACCUUUUUCAAGAGUAUACAAAUUAAGUGAUUUUUUUCUGCUUAUUUGUUCCAUUUUAAUAGAAUCGGGCACCUUUUUAAUAUUGGCCCCCGUGUCCCAACAUUCCUUUAUCAUGCACAACAUUGUUAAUGUUAUACACAAAAAAACGUCAAAAUAAUCACCUGACGUAGAAAUGUGCAAAGUUUUGAACUUGAGUACACUAACUUAAGAUAGCAAAAUAAUUCGUGUGAUGACUAUGUGAACUGUAAAAAAGUUCACGGAUAUAAAAAUUAUUAUUUUUAACCAUUCAUUAUUUACCAAUAACUCUAGUAAAAAUAAUCGACCACGUAAAUGACAAUAAUAUAACUUACAGAAACAAUAUACUUUAAUAUAAAAUAUGUUUUAGAUUCCGAGUGAAGUAACUUGAUAGGUAUAAUAAUCGUCUUAAUUUAGGUCUUGAAAGUAAUAAAAGUGACAAAAUGAUAAAAUUGAUCAAAAAUCAAUGUAAACAUCGUAUAAUAAUUAAAAUAAAAUCAUAAUAAAAUAAUAUAGAUAUAUUAUUCUACUAUACAAUAUUAAUUAAAUUUAGUAAAAUAAAUUUUAAAAAGUUUUCAAUAUUUCUCUCUUUGUUUUUGUACUUUCCAUAUAAAAAGUGAAGUUUUUUUUAUAUCGACAUGUAUUUUUAUUUUUUUUUUAGUGGUUCGCCAUUUUUUUUUUUUAAACUUAUUUUGCACUGGUCAACCACCUACCCCAACAUAUUUUUACAAUAAAUAGCUAAAUAUUUAGGUGAGAAUCUGAAAAAUAAUUUGGAAAACCUAAGAUAUAUCGGUUAGGUUGUUAGUUCUUUGUUGUCCAUUGUUUAUUUGAUACGUCAUGUACAUUCCAAACUAUUCCAAACUAUAACCCGUUCCUAUUGAUUUGGAUUAGUUUUUGUUAUCUCGUUAUACCUACAGUCAAAAAGCCGGACAUGUUUACCUCAACACAUUUUUUCCCGGACAUUUCUUCCUCAAAUAUUUUUACCUACAUCCGAAAUAACAGCAGUAUGUAUCUUAUGAUGUGGAAUGUUAUUUUAGUAGACAAAAAUCAGUGUUAAUAUCGAAUCGGCAAUUUAAAACACCAUAAUAUGGUUUGCCAUUGUUUUACUUUGAAAUGAUUAAAAAUUAAAAACAGGGAAUUGUAUUAUUCAAAAAUUAUUCCGAAUUUCAUUUUAAUUCGACACGUUUACAUAUUUUUAAUUUUUUGCUACAUAUUUUGGCCAUUUUAAUUACAUGUAUAAUAUCUACAUACUCUUUGGUUUUCUAUUACAUAUAAUUCCUAGCCCUAAUAAUAAAUUAUGGGGUUCUGACGUAUUGCUGGUAACACUAUAAUUUCUAAUUCAAACGACGCGUGGACGCAAACCAAAUGACCAAAACAGAUACUAAUUAUAUAAUUUAGUGUAAAAACUUUAUUAUAUUUUAUAAUAAUUAUUUCGUUACAAACAAUCUAAUCUCAAGAACUUAUCAGCCAGAAUCUCGUUUUUAAAUAUCAUACUUCGUAUACAUCAUUUUAUCUUAGUACCUAAAUACUUGUUAAUAGAAUUGAACAUAAUACUGGUAUUCCAGAUAUUCAACUGAUCGCAAAUAACUAUUGGCUUUCAAUGUGUGAAAAAAUAAUUUGUGUUUGUUUUUUUUUUUUUUUUGCGACCUGAGCUCUAGUUGUAUACCUUGCCAGUAUUUUGUAGGGCGUUUAUUUAAUUAUACUUUGGAUUAGUGGUUUACGCCCGAACCAAACGUAUUGUCUUAACAAAAACAACGGAACUGUUAUUUUACUUCUUGCCGUGCAUCACCGCAAUAAUAAUAAUAAUAAUAAUAGUACGACGGUUACGGACGACAAAUCAUAACAAAAUAAUUCCACACAGUUCUCGAUUUCGGUGUGUGCACGUGUAAUAACAGCCCGUUUUGGCAUUACGUUACAAUUAAUUUCAAAAUUUAGCUGCAACUUAAGCAAAUAAACGUGGGGUUCAUUUAGUCGGUAGUCGGUACACGCCCUAGUUCUACUGGCGUAGUUUCAUGCGCGUAUUGUCGACAUAAAAACAAAACCAAACCAACUAUUCAGCUCUAAUAUAAUAAUAUUCUAACAUCAUUGUUGAUUUGAAAACCAAUUGUUGUAAAUAAAAUAUUUGUUCGACAAUACAUAUAUGUGUAUAUAAGUGUAUAUCAGUCUAUAACAGCGUUUCCCAAAUGAGGGGCAUGAACAAAUUGCUGGGAAGGUGCAAGCAGUUAUUUUUAUUUUACAAUGAAGGGAAAAAAAAAUAAAUAAUGACCGAUGAAUGAGUAUCAAUAAAUAGUACGAGCAAGGCCAUAUUUAGGUAGUGGCGACAGAGGGUGCACCGUUGCGAAUUUUUUAUAAGGUUCGUUUGCUUAUCAAGACCUUAGUGACCUUUUUUUUUGCUCAUCACGUUUGUAAAAAUGGGAGAUUUGUAAAAAUCUUCAAUGAGGCGUAUAAUAAAAACAAAAUAGGAUACACUGUAGAGUCUAAAAAAUCCUACCAAAUACAAAAUUCUACGACGAAAAUCACCGUUGCCAAUUGCGAAGUAUUAAACAUUUUUAAAAUAAUUUGUUUUGAUUCAUGCCUAUCAAAUGUGAAUUUUGAUUUUUAAAAAAUCUUCUUUGCUUCUUUUAACUCCUACGGCGCGGUUUUCCAUAACAAAUUGAUGGUUUUUAUCGGAUUACUUUGUAAUUACUGGUAAAUACUUUGAAUUCGGGCACUGAUUAAGUAAUAUCAAGAUGUUCCGCAACAACUGGCGAGCGCUAAAUAUUACGUUUAUGCUCUUUUCGCAAGCUUAGGUAUAUAACUAUCGGUCGUAUCUACAUAGUAUACUCAUUAAUCGGCGUAGCGUCGAGAAAAGAGACGACUGUAUUUGGUCUCCUCUUCAUUUUGCAGUCGAGUCAUCGUGUUCUAAGUGCUCUCCAAUUAGACGUGUCUCACAAACUCCGGGGCCUUAUAUGUUUCAGAAAUGAGUAGGUACCUAUAUUAUUAUAGUAGACACCUAGUUAAAUAUUUCAAACGAAAACUAACGACGAACAAACAUCAUUGUCGGACGAAACUUUCUCUCCCCUGGCUACUACAGGUACUCUGACUAUACGUCACAUUAGAUUUUCUUUAUUACAUAUUUAUAUGUAUAAUUAUUAUCCGUUUUGUUCCAUUGUGUUAUUUGUGAUACGGGUCGGCAAUAACUGAACCAACGAGAAUUGUAACUAUACACCAACAAAAAAUAAAUAAUGUACGUUUCGUUAACAUUAGUUUUACAACACAUGGUAAAUAAAAUUCGAGUGUGUUUGUGAUUUAGGUAUAAGUAUAACUAUCAGUUUUUAAGCUCAUAUUAUGGUUAUUUAAAUGAUAUAAAACCCAUAUAACUGGACGUACGAAUGUUGUCUGUCUGAUUGCUUGGAUUGAUUUCAGAAAUGGCUUCUAUGGAAAUCUAUCAUCAAUACGAUUGCAGAUAAAUAAAAUGUUGAUAACAAUGUAAUUUAACAGAUUUUAGCACUUACUGUUUGAGUAAUAACAAACAUUUUGGCUUCGUUUUUAAUAAUCUAUUCAAUUUCAAAUUUUUAAAUCUGAACGUAGCGAGAGUCUAGGACAAAUCGUCGCGGCAUGUUUUACUUUUUAUGACCGGAUCUAUGUAUUUAUUAAAAAUAAAUAAUAAGUAUAAUAGUUUAAUUUCCUGUAUCAUUACAAAACAAAAUAUUUAAACACGUUUUGUAUGAUUAAAAUUAAAUUUGUCUAAUACGUAAAUAAAACCAUCUUGUAAAAACAUUUUAUGAUAACGAUUUGAUAGUUUAAUGUUGAAUAUUAUUGUGUCCGAAUAAGGACGAACACAAUACUUUGAAUUCCAGUUACGAAAUAACAACUGGUCGGGGUAACAAGAGGUUUUUUUGCACACCAGAGUUAAACUGAUACAACGUUCUGUAAGUAUCUAUAUUAUAUAUAGAUUCACAAUUGAAUAAAUAACUUUAUUUCAAACGUUAAUAAUUUAUAUGAGUUCAUAGUUUACCGAGCUGGAAAAAAAUAAUUUUUUUUUUCAAUGUUUUUGUUUAUUGCCCCCGUUAAUACAGACCGUGAUAGCACAACACGUACACUCUUAAUUAAUAAUGUAUACCUACGUUUAAAAAAUGAUUUAUUAUUUAAUGUUCAUUUUAAAAUAAAUACACCGAAAAGAAGUAAUAGGUAGUAAUAAAUUAAACGGUAUAAUAUUAUACGGUAUUACGUGCAUUUGUAUUAUAGUCGAGUUCAUAAAACGGUAACCUAACCCUUUCUAUACGUCAUAUACUAUAUAAGGAUUACAAUUUCAAAAAUAAAAAAAAAAUGUAUAUAUAUAUAUAUAUAGGUAUAUUUAACAAUAAAUUAAUGAAUAUAAUCUUUUUGUCAGCGUGCGUAAAACACGAGAUAUAUUCAUAUUAUAAUAUAUAAAUAUAAUCAUUUUAAUCACUUGUUCCUUAACAAAAAAAAAAAAAAAACUUAACUGAUUCCCAUGCGUAAAUUUUCAUUCCAAUAGAUUUUUUUUUAAUUUCUGAGUGUAGCAAAAAAUGUAUUAGUUUUACUACGAUUUUAAUUAUUAUUAUUUUUUUUUUUUAUGCUGUGUACAAAAAUUCUAUCAGAAAUCUUACUCAGAUAAAUACGUGCGGUAUCAUUUCUGAAAGGAAAUUUUGUCCAAAUAAUAUUUUUAAGAGGUAAUUUUUUUGAUUAUCCAAGCGGUUUUAAUAAUAUCUGGGAAAAAUCAGGAUAAACCGUAAGAAAAACGGGAAAUUUACGAAAAUAAUGCUUUUAUUAUUUUUCAAUUUUGUUAAUUAUUGUUAUUCAGUUAAAAAUAUUCGUAGAGACUACCAUUAUAUAACAUAAUAUAUAUUGUUGAAAAAACAUCACUAUCAAGUGAACUGCGCUCAGAAUCGCUUUUUCGUUAGCAAUGGUUUAUCUUUGCUUACAGAUAUACAUUAAAUUACAUACGACAGUGGCUGCACCCGUCUCCAUUAUCUUAAGACGUCUUUUUUCAUCCUUUUUCUUUAUUAUAUGAUCAUACAGGUGUUAGUUUUAUAAAUAAUAUGGUAGAGGUGUAAAUGUUAAUAUAUAUGUAUUAAUUAUAUAUAUACUUCGAGGACGAUUUCUUUGGCUGCAACUCAUGUUUACGUACAAUCUAAUAUUUUAACCUAAAAUAACGGAACUCAUUUGGGUACAUGAUACAAUUAAACCUACAAAUGCUUUACGCUCGGUCUAAUAUUUGUAUUUUAUUUUUAUAUGAAACGGAAUUUUCGAGAUAAAAUAUUGACAAAUACAACUUGAUGAUAACUCAAACUAUCUUCCGAUAAAUCAUCUAAUUAUCACAACGCAAGUUCAGUACAACGUGACAACUUGUAUUGGGUGUGACGCAUUCUACGAAUUUAUAAUUUAUAAUAUUUACGUUUGAUUUCGAAAGAAGUGAAGUGUUUGAAUCACAAUCUGGAAUUAUGUGUAUCAAUAUAAACGAUAUAUUUGAAAAAAACCUAUAUGAUUUCCGUGUUAUAAAACUGAUCGUACAUUUUUAACUACAAAUAUGAAAAAAUAUUUCCAUAGACGGUCCUGAGUCUGUAAAGAGGAAGGAAAAUGUACGCAGGUACCGCAUAAGAAAACAAAUUGUUCCCACAAUACAAUUGGUAAUUUUGUGCGCAAACUAAUUGUCUUUUAGGUAUUUUUGAGCAAUCUCGGACCACCGAUUUUUUUCAUCAUGAUCUAGCGAUUAUCUAGACGAAAAUUGUAGGUAACAUUGAUUUUGGUUUUUUUUUUUUCUGACCCAUUUUUGAAUCCAUUAACGAUCUUAUUUAAAAUAUUUUUGAAAUUUCACUCGUAUAUUGUCAACUAUUUUUAACCCCUCUCUUCUUAUACAAACCAGUAGAUUCAAAAAGAGACUCUUGUCACCGAACAUUUCAAUAUACAUCGAUACCACUCAUACGUUGUACACGUAUGUAUCGGAUUUAUUACCCAAGCAAGUUUAAGAUUUAGACCGAAGAGUAGAGAAGAGUCUUUACAAUUUAAUGUAUCCUUCAGCUUAUAUAAUUACAAAUAUUUGAUGAUCAAAAAAAAAAAAUUUAAAACAAACUUUACUUAAAAUCCUUCGAGAAAAUCGAUGGAUCAUGAAAAAAAAAAUAAUUAUCUAUAUAGGUACCUAAUGUAAUUUGGUUCUACAUGGAUGUAACGUACACAAUUCGGUGAUAUUAUUAAAUUAUAUACAAAUGUCAUAUUAUUAUUACGUUUAAUCCUUUCUACACGUGCAUAUGGAUUUAGUUAUUCCAGUUGUUAUUCCAUCUAAAAUUAAACCGUCUCUAUUCUGUGAAGGCCUCCUUGUCUUAAUCUCCUCUCUAUAAUAACUAACCCCAAAGUCACCGCGCUUUCUGGCCAACUUGGUUUAAUAUUUUGCAUAUUAAAUAAUAUACAAAGUUCCGUCGCUGAUUUGUCUAGAUUGUUAUAAUGUAAUGCAGCACAAUUAAGCAACUACAUUUAUUUGUAAAAUUGUUUUGUUUUGCACCAGAAGGAUUUAAGUGUUCGUGUACAAACAUUUCAAAUUUGAUCAAAACAACAAUAUGUCAGAUAUAAACUCGAAAUAAUUUUCUUAAACCGAUUUAACUCGUACGUAAUAUAUUAUUAUACGUUGCAUGUGUAUUACACGAUAUUAAAUUAUUAUAGUUUCUAUUUUAUUAAGUGACCUGAGGUUUCAUCGGUGUCUAUACCAGAACAUCUCUUGAAUACGAUGAAAUUAUUCCAUUUUUAAUAAAAUACUAACAAUAUUAUAAUAUAUAAUAAAUACCACUCCUUAAUUAAGCAUUUUAAUUUCCCUACCUAAUUAAAUUAUUAUAGUCGAGUAACGAUGAUUUAAAAUCCGAGGGGAGCUACUUAGCUACUUAUAGUUAGUUGGUGAAUUUGUUUAAUUAGUUAUUGUCAGAAUAUUUAUUGACCUACAUUUUAUUCUGAAUAUACAAUAAUGGUGUUAUAGUUAUACGAGCCUCCCUAGAGAGUUGACGAAUAAUUAUUAUUAUAUAAAUAUAAUGGCCGACAAAAUUACGUUUACAUUUAACGUGAAAAUACUUAAUCGCGAAUAUCUUAAUAAUAAUAAUAAUAAUAAUAAUAAUAAUAAUACAUAACUACUAAAUCAAAUAAUUAAUUACAUUUUCCAAGGUUUUUAAAAAUUGAAUUAUAAAAAAAAAAACUUUAAAACAAUUAUAUGAUUGUAUCAAUUCUAUAUGUAGGGUUUUUAUAGGUAUUAAAUUAUCUACUACAGAUAUAGGUAGGUAUAUUUGUACCUAUAAUUUUAUCAUAUUUAGAUAGAUAAAAAAUAAAAACUUAAUAUUAAUAAUAAGUUACAUAAGAUAAAUAAUUGAAUCGUUUCUUUAUAAUAAGUUACACAUUUAUUUAAAUAAUAUGGUAAUACAUAUUAUAAUGUAUAAUUUGUAUUCAAAUUUGGUUUAAUUUAUUAAUUAAUUAUAAAUUUACAUCAAUCAUACAACCUUUGUGAAAACUAGAUGUUUAAUGUAUACCGAAGCCGGUACACAUUUACUACUUUUAGCACUUAUAAUCAACCUUCACUAAAAAUGUCAAGCAUUUCUGUUUAGUUUAACAAUCAUAUCCACAGAAUAUAUCUGCCAAACACAAAUUAGGUACCUACUUAAAAACAUUCGCAGAAAUAAAAUGUCUAAAUAUAGCAAAAAAUUCCUCAAAUAUUUUGAACAUUCUACCGAUUCUAGAAAAAACAAAUGUAAACAUUUCAAGUCUCUACAAAUAUUUUUAACAGAUUCAUAACAAAAUAUCAAAAAAUUAAAAAUAAUAAAAAUAUUAUUUUCGUAAAUUUUCCCGGUUUUUGUACGUAUUUUUUUUUUUUUUUUUUUUUUUUUUUUUUGAUUUUGUUGAAUUUUUUUCUGCUCGAAUAAUCAAAAAAAAAAAGACUUCCAUACACACAGACUAGAUUAAAAAUGCAACAAAAAAGUUUCUCUUAUCGUAUUUUUAUUGGAGCAAUAUUUCUGUUAGAAAACAUAAAGCGUAUACAUUUACAAUAAAGAAUCAUAACGCCAUAAAUUGAUCAGUUUUCAUUUUUGUCUUUUUCCAGUUUUCCCCAAUCAUUAUAUUAUAAACUACUUGAAAAAAAACACCUGACCUUUCAAUGUUCCAACUAUAAAACAUUUCCUUUCGGAAAAAGUUCUACACUUGAAACGAUACAUUGGAGCAAGUUUUUUGUUCGAAAAGUUGUUCACAGUCCUCCCCCCUUAAAAAAAAACAAUUACUACUCUCAGAAUCUAAAAAAAACCUAAUACUGCUAAUGGGUGCUCCAUUGAAAUAAUUUGGAUGAUUGAAAUAUGGAAUACAUAUAUUUAUUUAGUUUAUAUAUGUACGCUUUGAUAAAUUAUUAACAAAGUAAUACGAUUCUGAACGAAGUUUGACUAAACAUGUUUUGAAAUACAUUAAAUUUGUUCCAAUAUUGUUUUUCAGUAUUUAAUUUAAUUAUAUAACACUUAGUUUUUUUUUUUAUCACUUAGUACAAUUUAUUAUGAACUUCGUGUUAAAUAUUCAAGCAUUUCUUUUUAGUCAAACAAUUUUGUCCACAUAAUACCUAAGAAUUAAAAACUAAAAACUCAAAAUUGUAAAAUGUCUAUCUUAUAGUUUAGAAAUGGGCAUAACGAUCAACAAUUUUACUAUGCCUAGAAAAGGCUGAUAUAAGUUUUGUAUCAAAAUUUGAAGUCCAAAAAUAUCUUUAACGGAAUUACACAAAAACAAAAUUGAAAAUAUAUCCAUUAUUUCCAUAAACUUUCCCAUUCUUAUUGCUCAAUUAUUAAGAAAACUACUAGGUAAAUCAAAAAAAUCAAAAACAGACUUACUUAUUUACUAACUAGAAAUGCAACAGAAGAGUUUUCUUGUGAUUUUUUGGUUAAAGAUUCUUGGCAGAAAAUAUUAUUUUUUUUUGCAAAUUAUUAAAAAUAAUGAAACCGGUAAUGCCGCGGUGGCAUGCUGUAGUUAUUUGUGCGUUUUUCCUAUUUUUUCCAGUUAUUUUUUGUGACUCAGAAUUUAAAAAGAAAACACAACAUUAUUUUAAAAAAUAACAAAAUUGGGCGUUGUUGCGUGGAAAAUGAUUAUGGGCGGGUAAGCGUACAGGUACUUCCGAUUAAUGAUUCAUGCAUAGGAAAUACUAAAAGUAAAAUUGUUCCGACCUAACAAUAUGUGCGUUCGUAACAAUAUUAUUACUAUGUAUUAGGAAAGGCAAUAUAUUAUUAUAAUCGUAUAAUCGGUCAGCAAAGCAAACGGUGGUCGUCACGAACAGAUUACAAUAUAAUACUCGUAUUAUAUUAUGAUAAUAUUAUUAUAAUAAAAUACGAGUAUUAUAUUAUGAUAAUAUCAUUAUGUUCGUAGCAAAAAAUGAUCAACUCAUCCUGCAGUAGCGUAUUUAUAAGGAGGGGGGGGGUGAUAUGAUAGUCUACCAUACCGUUGGUCGAUGGAUAUCUUCCAUAUUAAAGUCUUCGGUAUAUUUCGAUAGCCUUUGAUAAAACGAUUACAAAUCAAAAAUGAAUCCGAAAUUUUUCUUUUCAAUUUCAAGCUUUUUUGGAAAAGUGCUAUCGAAUAGUGUGAAGCUAACGUGUAACAAAAUUGUACGGGAAUUUUACUUUGACGGUAUUAUACGACAAAGUGUAUUAUUUGUUAUUUUCUUUAGCAGUAGUAAAUUAUUUAACUUGACUUUGAUCAAAUACAGACAUCGAUUAAAACUCAAUAUAAAAUGUAAACGCAGGUAUAUAUAAAAAGAAUUUUAAAGAUAUUGAAAUAAGAAGUGAUUCAAGUGGAAAAUGUGCGUAGAAUAUUUUACGUCCGUAUAGAAUAAAAGUGAAAACAUAUGAAUUUAAUAACUGAAAGAUUUAUGGGUGAUGAAUAGACGUGAAAAGUUACACAAUAAAGUAUAAAGAACCAUAUGAAGAUAAAAAAAAAAAAGUAAAAAGCGUAGUAAUAAUAUUACAUAUUUUAUAAAUAUUUCAAGCAGGGCUGGUCCCAUUGAAAAAUCAUAAAAUAGGCAUUAACUCAACAAAUCAUAAUAUCGAUUUAAAUUAAAAGUAUGGGAGAAUGUUUGGAAAUAUUGUAAAUAAGUACACGAUUAAAUGAUUGAUGAUUGAAAAAAACCGAAAUAAAUUUUAUUUAAAAUCUUCAUAGUUGUAAUUGCUAGAUCACGAUUAAAAAAAAAAGGGUAAAAAAAUGAGUGAACAUGGUCUGUUAACUUAAGAAUCAUUCACCAUACAUUUAACGGAUUUACUCGAUUUAUUGCACUUUAUAUUCUUAUUGCCUAUCGUCCUAUCGCCUAUGAGGAUUUCUGGUUAUCUACCUAAAGUGAAAAUCAGAUCGAAUUCACUAUCGGUGCAUAGGUAGUCAAACCAUCAAGAUCAAUGGAAUAUUUGAUACCACACCAUUCAGAUAUGAAAUUAAGAAGCGAAAAUGAAAACAAACAUAAUAUAUAAUAAUUAUUAAUAAUAAUAACCUUUAUUGCAGUAUAGAUUUUUACACUUCGCUCGGAAUCAAUAAACUACAAUCGUUAUAAUACGGUGUUGUCCACUGUAAAAAAAAAAAAAAAAAAAAACAUAUAUAUAUGUUUGACCUACAUCUGGUAUAUUUUUAUGACAAGGCAAUGGAAGACUAUCGUCCUGAAAACAUCUCUCGAUAAAAAAUGCAACGGUCCCUUUACGAAUAAUGCAUUUUGCACGUAAAACGAAUUCACAUUCAAGGACAUGAAGGAACAGUAUAUAAUAUUAUAAAGUUUUACAAUACUGCAGGAAUUUCGGCAGUUAUAUGAAAACAGUUUUGAUUCAGAUUCUAAAAAAUAUAACUUAUGUUUACACAAUAUUGUAUAUUAGUUUUGCGAUUAUAUCUCGUCGACGGAUUGACGGAAAUUAAAUAUUUCAAGACCAAAAUUUAUGUUUACCAAUAAUCCAUCUAUUUAUGAAUUUUUUUAAUAUAGGUUUCCAUUUUCAAAUCAUAAGUAGAAAGUGGUUUUACCCCCAAAAAUAAAGGUGAUGAAAAAUAACCUUAAUGUAAAAUUGUAGAGUUAUUUUUUUCUUAAAUAAUAUAUGAAAUAAAUUCCCAAAAAAGUUCAUGCUUUUUGAGAUAAUAAUGAGUGUUUUACGAUAGAUUGAUCACCCUGUAUAGAUUCAUUCAUCUACUUAGGUGUGCAUAUUCUUAGAUCUCUGUCAUCGAUAGAUUUAGCUGUACAUUACCCUCUGAUAAAGAUAAACAAACGGAUAAACAAUUCCUUUUUAUUAAUAUAAAAUAUAGGCAUUUUUAAAUUGCAAUAUUUCACGUAAUUAUAUCUCACUUAAAAAUCAAAGUACCAAAAAAAAAAAAAAACUAAAAUUUGUACAGAUAAUGUUCUUAUCUCUAAGUUUGGUAACAGAUUAAUUAUUUUUAUUAUUCAUUAUUAUUCACUGAUUAUUCACUCCAAUAUUAAAACUAGCAUCGCACAGUUGUCUUUGCUACAUGAAAGUAAAAAAUGUAAAACAAAUUGUUACCUAGUGUAUUUGUAAGACAAGAGACAACACAUGCGUGGAUCGGUGUAACCCAUACGCCUCCCAUCGAUUGUUUGUUUUUUUUCCCAAACGGCUCCCGUCGAAAAAGGUUGCAUCAGUAGGUAAAUUACCAAACGGCUCCGCUAUUCGGUACUACGCGUACAUUUCUCGUAGCAAAAUAAGUACAGAUGAGACGCAGAAAACAUUCGUGUCAUAUCUUACUUUUUAUGAUAAAAAGUUCUAUUGAAUCUAUACAAUUAUUGGAGUUUGGAUUUUACGUUUCAAACGAAAUGUGUUAAAUUAAUUUUAUCUAAUUUAUCGAAUGUUAUCAAUUUUGUUUAUAAAAUUUAACCAGAUAUGCGUUAUGGAUAUGACACUUUUUGUUUAUUUGUGAAUUUGUGUUGUAAAAAACCAAAUACUUUUUGUAAAACUGGAGCUGUCUAGAAAAAUCGAGAGCCAAAUGGGCUAUGUCUGCGUGGAUGUGGUGUACGCACGUUGAUUUUUUCGUUAAAUAUUUCAAAAAAAAAAUUACGGUAUUAAGUCAAAACGCUUAUUGCAUAAAUUAUAAUAUAAUAUACGGUAUGGAAUAUCUAAAAAUUGAACCUACUCGUAUAUGCGGUGGGGCGGUAUAUUAUUAUAACGAUAUAGUUAUGUAUAGGUACAAGGGGUAUGGCUUAAUAUUUUUAUUUUUGGAUUACCGGGCCUUUUGUUAUUCGUUCGAUUGCACAACUAUUAAACGUAAUCGUAUAAGACUGUUUUUUUUACGAACGGAAUCAAUGCGCUAUGAUCGUUGAAAAAAAAAACAAACAUUAAGUAUCCAUACCUAAUACAUAAGACUAAGAACCUACUUAUAUUGUAAUAUAUUGUUCAAUCUACGUCUGCGGUUUUGACAAUAACCGAUACUGAUCACCGCCAUAUAACAAAAAUAAAAAUUACACUAGAUAAGAAUUCGUAAUAAUAUAGUUAUACUAUGCGAAUAACAAUAAAAUUUGUUUAUAAAAUUAUCCGACGGGCUUAUAUUAAUAGCAGUUAAACGUUUUGAUAAAUUAUCACAGAAUAUAUCAUCGCACGGAAAAAAAUGAACAAACCUAUAAUUAACUUGCGAAUAGGUUUUAACUGAAAUUUGCUCAUUAUCGUUUUUCGUUGGCAUGCGAAUAUAAAAAACAAACAAUUUAUUGGUCAGUUAAAAAAAUUCGUGUAUUUUUUACUUUAUUUUGUCUUUUAAAUAGUAUUUACAAAAAUAUUAAACCAAGAAAAUCGUCAGAUAAAAUGCUCAGACAAAAUACUGUUGCAAGGCUUAUAUAUUUGACGGUUGACGCGUUUUUAUCCUUUCAAAAAACGUCUCCUACAAAGACGACAAAUAACUUUACUAUCAUUUCAAUAUAAUAAUAACAUUGCAUUUUCGUUUAUGUGGAUUUAAAAUUUGAUUAUUCUUAUCAACUAUUAACUCGUAUGUAAUGCGGCUAAAAUUGCGGCCUGUGGUUAAAAUCAAAAAAAAAAGUUGCGUGUACCGUAAACGUAAAAAUUUUUAAAAAUCCAAUAAAAUUAGAAACGUUUGUUCUUUAUAUUAGAAUAACAUAUUGAAAACGAAGGUAUAACGAAUGUGUAAAGUAGUUGCUGUACAAAUAUAUUUGUAUAAUAAUCAAACAAUUUUUGAUAUUAAUUUCAGUGCUCACCGUAAACGGACCGUGGUUAAACAUAUCAAAAGUGGACCGUUUGCAAAUGGGCGCGUAUUUGUGCAUAGCUUCAAACGGAAUUCCCCCGACAGUCAGUAAACGUAUCAUGCUCAUCACACAGUGUGAGUGAAACUAAUAAUUAUUUUCACACGUCUAUAUAACUAGGUGCUAAACACACACGCAUGAAUUAGUAGUAUAAUAUAGCGUGUGGAUGUGGUCGCAUAAUAUUGUGUAGGGGUAUUCCUUAUUGCGGGAUAUCCACAAACUGGUCCCACCUGGUAUGGCAUGUGACCGUGAGGACUUGAACUACAUUUACGGGAAUUCAUUAUCACUAAUUUUUCUGUGACUACUAUCGAAUACAUUAAUACGAACAUUUAGUAGUUAUCUAUAUUGUCACAUUAUAUGCACUAUUCCUGCUAGGUUGCCUACAACCAGAUCCAUGAGCAAAUUUUCUGUGUAAAUGUUUAAUAUAUAAUUAAUUAUAACCGAAUUGGCACAAUGCACCUAAACAAUAGCAAUCAAUUUUACCUAAAUUUGAAUAAUAAUAAAAAGAAAAAAAAAAGAUAAAAUAAUUCAUGCACGUAAUCGACUCGCAGUCUAAUUCCAGCCUGUGAGGAGUAUCUUGCAUUGUGAUUCUAUAUUAAAAGUAGUUUUAUAUUUGUGUGGUUUUUCCUCAAACAGUUCCUCCGACAAUAUGGGUACAAAAUCAGCUGGUUGGUGCCCAAAUGGAUCAGUCGGUCACUUUAGAAUGCAUGUCUGAAGCGUUUCCGAAAUCAAUCAAUUACUGGACGAGAAAUAAAACCAUCCUCAUAACCAAUGGUAAGUACCUAAUAAAAACUAUAAAUAUGAUACAUUAAAUAUAGUACGUUCACGCUAAGUUUUACCGCUAAAUAUUUCAGUUGAAUGACCUAGUAUUGAAAUAGAGUUUUCGGGGAAGAUAGGAAAUACCAAAAUACACAUUUUCAGACAAAUAUCAAACUUUUAACUCUUUUGGUACGCGACAUAAUACAAAUGAUAACAUCAUUUUUUCCACAGAUUCGAUUAGGUUAGGUUUGGAUAAAAUUCAAAUUAGAACCGCAUUCGAAUAGAGUAUAUUUUUAAAACAAUUUUUGUAAAAACCAUUAUUUUUUCUUAUUAAUAAAUUGAAAAAGUAAUAAUACCAGGUGAUCCAUUUAAUUGAGUAUACUUGUUAUCUCAGAAAGUAUUAACUUUUUCCGGAAUUUAUACGAACAUUUAAGAAACAAGCUGCUCUACAUUUUUAUAUUUAUGUUUUUUUUUUGCCAACUUUAUUUUUGUGGGUAAAACAACUACCUAUCUACUUUUGAUUUUGAAAUGGCAAUCUAUAUUAAAAAUAUCUAUACAUAGAUGGACUAUUAGCUAAAAUUAAUAUGAGUAUUGAAAUUUUUUAUUUCUGUCAAGCCGUUGACGAAAUAUUCAACUUUUAAGAUUAUGUAGGAGGAGAGUAGUGAAGUAUCAUUUGUGUAACAUGUAAAUAAUAUCUAUUUUUGGAUUUUUUAAUAUAAGUUGCCAUUUGAAAAUCAAAAGUGGAUAGUGGUUUUACUCCCAAAAAUAAGGGGGAAAAAAUAACAUAAAUAUAAAAUUGUUGAACAGCUUGUUUCUAACGUAUUCUAGAAAACAAAUAGUUGAAAAAUUUAAUACUUUCGAGAUAAUGAGUGUACCAACUUAAAACGAUCACCCGAUAUGUUGAAAUUUAAUAUUGUUUUAUAAUUGUAAUUAUAUUUUACAAUACCUAAGGUAACGAUUUAUUACAUUUAUUUUGAAACAAAAUAUUGAUGUUAUAAGUGUUUGCUAAUGUGAGGCAUUACAUUUUUGAAACUUUGAAUUUUCCGAAAAAUUUUUAAUUUUUUCAUUGUCUCUCAUUAUCUCGGAAAGUAUUAACUUUUUCUACAAUUUUUUUUCUAGAUCACAUAAGAAACCAGCUGCUCUACAAUUUUAUAUUUAUGUUAUUUUUCGUCACCCUUAUUUUUCGGAGUAAAACCACUACCUACUUUAGAUUUUAAAACGGCAACCUAUGUUGAAAAAUAACAAAACACUUAUCAUAAUAUUCCAGGCGACGCAUUGAUUCAUUUAUUUAUUUUUAUUUUUAUUUAUAUAUUUAUUUACUUUAAUUUAAAUUAAAGGUUCAAAGGUUUCAACUCGUUUGCUCAGACUCGUGUGAUAAAAGUCGACAUUACUAAUAAUAAAUCAUAUUAUAUUAUUAUUAAUACUCUUGUAAGAUAUCAUAUAAAUAUAUUGUGAUAUAAAUAUUCUUUGUGAGAUUAUAUCACAUACAAUAUUUAUACGUUAGAGAAAUAAUAAUGCAGUAAUAAAUAAUGUUAUUAUUGAUUGGAUCACUUUACUAUAAUAUAGUUAGGUGGGUGUAUAACAAAAUACUCGGUUUGAUUUCAACCGGAUUUUAAAUUGGGUGCAAAAGUUCCAUGAAUAAUUGUAUCUACCACACUAAACCAAUAUAUACAAUAUUAUGUGUCAUCCAGAACCGUUCUCUGUACCCUUAAUAAAAUAUAUGGAUACCGAAACACCCGUACACAGGUUCGUGCAUAAAAUAAGCGUAGGUAUUGCACAUAAAUCGUUUCAAACGUUAUCACAAUAAUAUAAUGGAUAUAAUAUUAAGGGAAAUGUUGACCGUUUAUUGUUAUAAUUUAUUAGACAUUUUAAAUGCAAUAUUUUGUUUCUUAUAUAGGCGUAGUGACCACUUGAAUAUUAAUUUGCUAGACAUCUGUGAAUGUACUGUUAUUACACAAACUUGUUAACAAACUUGAAUAUGUGACUUUUCUAACCUAACCCUAACCUUCUGUAUCUGUAUGUCUAAUUUUGAAUUUUAUUUUACAUAAUUUUGGGGAAUUUUCUUUUUUAAUAGAAAUACUUUAAAAAAAAAACAUUUCUUAAUGAACCUAAUACUAAAGGUGAAUGCAUCAAAAUUUAAAAAGACAACAUUUUAAACAUUUAUAUUAUUAUUAUACAAUCAAAGUACUAAUUGCAAUUUACAAUAUAUUUUUUUUUUUUACGAAUUAAUGCAAAAAGUACACGCGUGAAUUUAAUGCCGACGAUAAUAAUAAAUUAUCAUCGUUUAUGAUCAUUUCAUACGUGAUAUAGGAAGUAACAUUAUUACUAUUGUUAUUAUUUUUAUUAACCGUACGAAAAAAAAGAUAAACGCAAAACGGCAAGACGGAAGUGAAUUGGUUGAGUGCGGCAUGUAGCGGUGGUGGCGAUGGUGGGACCUUGACAAAAUAUCUCGAUAUAAAUUACAAUACUCUGUCACAGGGUGUGUACGUACUCUCCCCCCUCCCCCUAGGUGACAGUUUUCGGUUCGAUGUGUUCGGGCACAAUCGGUCCGAUUGUUUUCCAGCUCGUUACGUUCGCUCACAUGCGAAUCCGUCACACCGGAAACGAUUUUGCCGGAAGAAAACGGUAGCAUACUACGGGACAUCGAUCAUCAUGUCGCGGGUUCCCGACGAGAAUUUUUUUUUAACUUGAAACGGCUGCUCGACCCUGUUUCAUCCACCGGCCAGUCCUCGGUAAAAUACAAAAUCGUCUGUGGUGUUUCAACAGAUUAUCAUAGUGUCUGUGUAUUAACUGAUCAAAUAAUUGUAUACUCGUAUAUAACGAUAUACAUUUAACUUUAUCAUAUAUAACACUUGCCAUUGACAGGACAGAACCUAUUGUCUAAAAAAAAAUUACCUCUAUAAAUAAUUAACGUUUUUAUACUUUAAUUAUACAAUGUGUAUCUUGGAGCUUUGAAUUAGGCUAAAUUACCAUUAAAAAGUAAAAUCCAUUUCCCCCCACCUAUAAAAAAAGAACAGUUUACAAAGCAUUUAAAAUCCCCACAAAAAGUAAAAAAUUAAACAAAAACCAUGGAUAAGACAAAAGUAUGGUGUCACUAGCCCCUGAUUUAACAAGAAACAACAGACAUGAUUUUUGUAGUCAUUAUACCUUUCAGAUUUGAUUUAUUCUGUUCAUGCAUGACUUUCGUGAACAGUAAAACCAUCUCUUCAUCCACUUUAUAGUCGAAAUUUUAAAUUUAGAUACAAUUUUCAGGCACCAAAUACCACACGGCUCUUAUGGAAAAUAUGUACAAAACAAAAAUGAAGUUGACCAUAUUAUCGGUUACGUCUUCCGAUUUCGGCCCUUAUCAGUGUGUAUCGAAAAACUCACUGGCUGACACUGACGGAAAUAUCAAGCUUUACGGUACGUUUUUUCAUUAAAUAUAUAUGUAAGUACUUAAUAUAAUGAUCUACACUUUACUUUUCAUAGUUUCCACGGGAUAAGUAUAUAGGAAUAUUUGAAUUUAUUUGUAUUUAGGUACCCCUAUUUAAAUUUAAAAUUAUUAAAUAUUUAACAUUAUUGAAUUAAAUAAUUUUAUUUACACGUAAGUAUGAAAUAGAAAACAAAUAUUAAAUAAUAAAAAUAACUUUAUGAAAAAUAAAAUUUAAAAAAUUCAGCAAGAUAAAAAUAAGAGAAUAUAUUUUGGCUAUUCUCUUUAAAUAGCAUAAGAAAAAUAAAAUACUACACAAUACUUUAUUAACUAUGUCCUACUGCUCCACUGUUGUGUAUACACCUAAUGUGUUUUGAAAUACAUGGCGCGGGGACGAUGUGUAAGCGGUGUAGGCGUUUGGGAAAAUACGGAAACUAGAUGGACUAUAUCAGAUUUAAAGACCAAAAUAGGCAGUUUUCAGGAAGUUUAAAAUACUUCCUAAUGAGAAGCUUCAGAUAAGCAUCAUUUGGGACCUAAAAAGUCCGCUUCCGCGACCAUAUAGAAGGAUAUUAUGUAAUUCGUUAGUAAAAUAUUAAACAAUACUUUAGAUACCGAUUACCAUGAGGAAAAUAUCGUCUAAAUGUUUGUGUCUCUUAUAUAACAGUCAUUAUACAUUUAUAUAAAUUAUUGUUUUCAAAUAUAAUAUAUUGUGAAGUACAAUAAUGUGGAUAAGUUCAAUAAAAUAUCGAGACAGGAGAGAAUAAAUGAAAGACAGCUUUCUUUUUUUGAUAAGCAACAUACUCCAAAAUCCACCACAUGUAGUCACUGGUAAAUUCAGUACUUUCCAUGGGAGAGAUUCACGAAAAAAUUCGUGGGAUAAUUUGGUGGACAAUAAAAUAAUUUGAGGAAUCCGCAGGCUAAAUCGUCAAAACUCUAUACAGUAAUAAUGUUAAAGAUUGAAUUAUUUUAAUAAUAUUUAAUAGUACUUUUAUAUAUCUACAGAUAAAAUACAAACAAACAUAAAAUAAAAUAAAUAUUAGGUCUACUAGGUCACAAGAAACAAAAAUAUAAUAAUAAUAUAAAUUAUAAAUUAUAUAAAACUUAAUGUGUGAUAAUUAUGAAUCAGUUGCAGAUUUAGGGGGGACCAGGGGGUCUGGACCCCCUAUACACUGAUAUAAUUUCAAUAAAAUAUCGUCCGAAAAAGAGGUAUCUAUUAAUAGAGAUACCUUUUAAAUUGAUAUGAUUUUUCAAGACCUCUUUCAGAAAAAUGUUUAAAAUCGGCUGUUGAUUAUGAUUUUAUGAUCCGAUAAUAUUCUUACAGGCCAUACCUAAUCAUCAGAUUUUUUUGAUAGUACUUCGAUACCUUACAACAAUAUUCUCUAUCAAUUGGUUAAAACAUUAUUAUUAUAUCGGUUAUGAUAGUUAGAUAUUCGCUAUCUGAAUGAACUAAAUGUUGAAAAUAAUAGAACUAUUCUAGUUCUGCAGUGCUGCUAAGGGUAGUACACAAUUUCCCAAUCCGUUUAAAAGAAUAUCGAUUUUUUAAGCUCAUCACUCAUGUUAUUUCUACUGAAAGUUUCACUAAGUCACUUAAUCUUUAUUAGACCAUAAUUUUUUUUUUUUAAAUUUAAAAGUACUUUGAAAUAAAUAUCACAAUGACAGUACGAGUAACCCACCAGAAUGGAAUUAUUUUAUUAAUAAUAAAAUAUUAGAUAUCGCGAUUAUUUAUUUUUAUUCUGGAUUUUCAAAUAUAGUUAAUAGAUUACGCAUUACAGACAGUAAAAUUUAUUUAUAAAUCAAUAUAAUAUGAAAAAUGAUUUAUUUUCAAUUUUCAAGUACGAUGAAAAUUUAUGAAAAACUACUAAUUGGUCUCUCAUUAGCCUCUACAGACGAUAAGAACCCCCCCAGACAUAAUAACAUCAAUCGGAUGAUAUUAAACUGAUAUUACAACAUUUCCAUUUCAUAAAAUUACCUACAUAGAACAUAUAUAUUUAAAUUAUUUAUAUGCUUUUAAAUAAUAUUUUGACUGGUGGUUUUAUUUUCAAAAAUAGUUAGUUAACAAUAAAAUGUUUUUGUAGCAAAAAAAAAAAAAAAAAAAAACAACACAAAUCACGUUAAAAAAAUAUAAGAAAUCUAUAAAUUGCUCUAAAAAUGUAUACAAUUAUAAAUUAUUCUCUAAAGGUCUAAAAAUAUAAUAGAGAAUCUUUAAGUUAUUGUAUAAAUCAGGUAUUUUUUUUAUUAGCCAACAAAAAUAUGCGAAUAUUAAUAAUAAAUAUUACCAGGGCAUAGGUAUUUAAAAUACAUUUCUAACCCAAUGAUAAAUGAUUUGUCAUAAAACACGAUAGAUAAAACAAAAACACCCGCGAGUCAGAGAACUCGUUUACGAAAUAUUAUAUUAAAAUAUUCGAGUGUAGAUAACCGAAACAAAACGGUAUAACAAUCUUUAUUUUCGGAGAAAAUUCGACAAAAGUCCGGACUAGAAAAAAAAAUCCAAAUAACACCCAUUAAUCGAGCAUAUUAUAAUAUUGAUACUAGUGUUUACUGUAAAAUUUAAUCCGUUUAAUAAUGUUUAAUUUAGCGGGUAAAUCAAAACUCGCGCGUAGUUUACGACGUUAAAACCCUAAAAGUUUCGGUAGAUCGCUCAUAUUGUACACCGUUGCUAAUGAUUUUAAUUAAUAAGUUUAUCUAAAAGAAUCUCCCGUGGGAUAGUACGAAGACAAAUAUAUCUUUAUUAACAACGGCUAUAAUAUUACGAGUCGUCGAAAUGGUGGGUUUUACGUUUCGUAUACGUGAAAAUACGCCCUCCGAUACUUUUGAAAUAUUUCAAUAAAACUCGGGUAACCUACAACUAGGUAAAAACAAUUUUUUUUCCAUGUUAAACAGAAACAAACAAAAAAUAUGUAAAUAUAUAUAUAUAUAUAUAUAUUCAACUGACAAUAUUAUGCUAUCAGUUAAUAAAUUCUAAAAAUCCUAACCCUAAUAAAUUACGUUCCUGCAAGUAUAUCCGUACGCUAUUAAAUUUGAACGGGAUACAGACACCGGGACACGAAUACCUAUACUGCUCGGUGUACUUUCGUGAAUAGAAUCCCGGUGACUGGUUUAAAAACGUCCAUAAAUUAUUACCCUAAAGAAUUUAAUGGACACUGUUGACACAGGUCCACUUGUCAUGGAUACAAGAGAAAAAAUAGGCAUAAAAACAGGAGAAAAAUAAAAUAGUUGAAAUAAUAUAAUACUUUUUUAAAGGUUAUUAUAACUACACUAGUCUUCUUAAUAUUUUAUUGUUAAAAAAAAAAAAAUCAUCUUUAAUAUAAUAAGCAACGAUAACGAACACUGUUUUUUUUUUUUAUCGUGUGUGUAUAAAUAAUAGUAAUCUUUUAAGAAGACGUGACAAUGACAAUUAAGACCCAGGAUAGAAAAAAUAUUUAAAAAUGUCAAAGAUUUGUAUUGUCAAAUCGUCCUUAGGUAGAUUUAAAAAAAAAAUAAAAUAAAAAUAAUAAUUCGAAUUUCAUUAUAUUUAAUUGUAAUAUAUUGAGUUUCUGUUGUUUACAUUUCAUUAGCCGUGCACAAACAAGUAUUAUUCCCAAAAGAUACGUCAUGCUUUAAUCACGGGUAAUUCUGAAAUUGAUAACCUCAUCACCUUUAGAGUAUUAUUCAGCCACUUUGGCUGUUCUAACGGUAACUUUUACAUUCUCGAAUUCGAGUAAUAGUUUAAUAAUUUGCAAUCGUAAUGUUGUAGCCUGCUCCCGUAUUAUUUGUUUGGUCCCAAAUAGAAAAAAAAAAACAACAGAAAUUUGGGUCAUAUAGGAAUGAAACGUGGGCGAAAACUUUAAAGUAGUUUAGAAAACGACAUUUGGUAACUUACAAUACCUAACUAAUAAGACGUUCAUGGAAUAAUGAAAAAUAUCCAAUUAUACUUUUAUUCCCGGAGAAAAAACCAUACGAUUACCAAUGAAAUAAGUCUGUAAACGCUUCGUCAUGGCCACUUCAUCUCGAGGAAUUUCAUCGUGCUAUCUAUUUACGAUACCGUUGUUUUCAUAUAAUAUACAAAUUAUGAUGAAUAUUUUAAUUUUUUUUUCACAACUUAUUUAAAUCUUGAUAAUAAAUCAAUUAGAUACGAUACUAUUUUUGUGAUAUUAUAGAUAGGCCAGUAUUAUUUGGUAAAAUAUGGAUUGGUUAAAUCCGGAUUCUUCGUAUCAUUGUAAUGUAUACGCGAGCGAUAAAAUAGCCAAUUUUAUAAAAUAAUAAUAACAAUAAAUAUAACCUACCUAAAGACUUCAUUCUGAAUAAACGGUUUUAAAUCUACAUAACCCUAGCUGUGGCACAAAUUGAUAAUAUCUCCAGUGACGAGAUAUAAUGCGAUGAAGCGCCUGUAAAUCAAAACAAAUCUCAUCGUUUUUUUUUUUUUUCAAAAUUUAAAAAAUAUAUCAUUUAUUUUCAUUCUACUUUGUGUUCAUUGAUUUUCAAUAAUUAUUUUCUAAUUAAAUGGCAUCCAGCAUUUUAUCGCGUCGAAAUUAAAAUAUUAUAUUAUAUCGUUUUAAAACCUAUAUAAUAUGAGUAGCAAAAUCGCAAAAUACAAUGCGGGCCAAAUACCAUAACGUGUAAAUAAUAAAACGAAUAUUUUUACUUUUCAAAGAGAUACCCAAGCCGACCACGACGACGACCACCACGACGACUACAACAACUACUACUACCACGACCACUACAACCACGGAAGCUACUACGGCGACGACAGAGAAGCGGGGCACGACCGUUUCCGCCAAAAAAUCGUCAAAAUUCAGCGAUAGGGGUAAAUAUAAUUAAAAAAGAGCUGAUACUGGGGAGGGGUGGAGCCACUCUUGUAGGUGAGUAGUUGAGAAGGUGGGACACGUAUAGCUAUUUAAUUUAUACCUGUAACCAACGAUAAACUAUUGCUAACGAAAAAUGAUUCGGAGUGAAGUCCAGCUAUUCAUAUUUUGAGCGGCCGUAAAAUGUACAAUUUAUGAUUUGAUUUUCAAACUUUUGUGAAAAAAAAUCUUCAUUACAUUCAAUUUUUUUGAGGAGCCACUAAUAAGUAUGACUUAUGAUAAACAUCCUGUCAAAUGUUCAAGCAUUCCUAUUUAGUCUGCAGAGUACUUACAAAAUUAAAAUUUCUAUAAAUAGCUCAAGUGAUUUGAGAAUACUAUCAUAUACAUAAAAAGCAAAUAUAAGUUUCCUAUUAAAAUUUCAAGACUCUGCAAAUAUUUUUAACUGAAUAACAUUAAAAAAACGAAAGUUAAAAGAAUAGAAUAAUUAUUUUCGUAAAGUUUCUUGUUCUUUCUACGUUUAUUCACAACUUCCAUGCUAAUUAAAAAUGCAACAAAAAAGUUCUUUUGUCGUUUUUCUAUUUCUUAUGAUAGAAAACAUAAGUUACAAUAAUAACAACAAAGAAAUGAGUAACGCCACGCGUGCCUUAAAUAUUUAGCGUUUAGCUAUAAUUUUCUUUCGGACUUUUCUCAAUUAUUUCGAAAACCUAUAGGAAAAUCAAAAAAUGACAUUUUUAAUGCACUACUUAGAGAUAAUGUCCUCUCGGAAAGGGUGCUAUACUUAAAACUUCGAUACAAUUUUGCUGGUAGAAAAGAUGCUCAUAGACACAAAAAAAAAUAAAAAAAUAAAAGACGUAUAUAACAGUGAAACAAAUAGAUACUAUGUUUCAUUCCGUAUCUAAAAAAGCACCCAUAAUAGCAUAAAACUAAUAGAUACCUCUCUACACUCCGAAUCCAAAAAAAUCCAAAAGCAUACAUCGUAGUAAACCCAAAUUUAAUACAAUAGAAAAAAAAGAUUUCUACAAUAAUAAUAAUAGGCAUUUUCUGGCGAUACAGUUUUUAGUAAUCAGUUUACAGCAUUGAUCAUUGUUGUUUGUUACUCGGCACACGGUUGCUAUAUCAUUAAAAUAUUUUGUUUACUGUACAAUAUUUUACCAAUCGACAUAACCAGUAAACAUAGCUUUUAGUAUUGUUUACUGAUUCAGACAACCUGGUUAAUGAAAAAUGCCUUCGGUAAUCAAAUAAUUGAUGCAGUAAAUAAUAUCACUGAAACAACAAGCCUAGGUCAAAUUUUCGAAAAGAUUAAAUUACACUACCUACUCAAAAAAAAAAAAAAAGAAUAAUAAUUAUUUUAAUUUUUUAAUAAUUUAAGUAACUUGUAAUUUUAAUGAAAAAAAUUAAUUUAUUUCAAUUAAAAGUUCGUUAAUGGAAACAUUAUCUAAAUAAGAAAAUUUACUUUGAUACAAAUUACUGAGGUAAGAAAAAAACCCCAAAUAAUAUUUCUUUAUAAUUGCCUGUAUUUUUAAUUUACAUUAAUUUGAUUAUUUUAUUGUAAAUAUAAUCAGUUUUAUCAGACAUAGAUAUAGAUGUGAUAGAUGUGCACUUCUAGAUUGGGAACAUAUGUCUGAAAAUGAUAAAGAUCCGACAAACAAUAUCUGUCCGAAAAGUAGUGAAAAGUUUACUGUCAAUCAUUAUCGACGAAAUUCCCGUGACGUGCAAAAACAGUUCGCUCAAUGCAAAAAAAAAAAAAAAAAGUAUCAAAUACCUUUGAUUAUUUCUGAAUCUAACGUCAACGUGUUACGGUUGUUUUAUGGAAAUGCGUUACUAGUUAAUGUACUGAGUCGGUGUGAUAACAAUGUAAUUAGAGCAAAAUCACGGACACAAACGUCACUUACACAUCGAACUUCUAACAUUCCAACAAUACCUAUAGCCAGUGCUCAGCCACGGAGAACAGUUUGUUCCCAAAAUCUAUAGUAACCGGGUCGCUGGAAACUGUGUCGCCGAAUAACAAUUCGAAUACCUAAGUAGUAGUUUGUUUCUGUCUAUACGUUUCCGCGUCGUCGUAUCCGUUUUAUCGACACGCGCGUUUAUGUGUAAUGUACAUGCAUACAUACGUAUAGGUACCUAAAUAUGUGUUCUUUGGCCGGACGCCCAGAAAAGUUUUGCUCGCAGAACGCGUGGCGUUAAUAUUAUACGCGUGCACACGGUCUAUAAAAUAUUAUUAUUAUGUACAAUAUAAGUUUAUGUAUAAAAUAUAUAUUUUCCGGAUAUCGCGCCGGUGACCUUUUUUUUUUUUUUUUUCCACCCGUCGGGAUUUAUGUGCGCGCAUUUGUUGUUUUAUUAUUAUUAUUUGUUUUUUUUUUUUUCCAUUUUUCCUCGCGGUGCACGUUCGAGUAGCGCCCGCCAACGAAGUGGCGAACGUCCGGAGACCGCCGUCCAAGGACAAGACCGGAAAACACAGAGACGCCGCCGGGAGCCGAGAUCCGGGCAAGGACCAACCGAGUUUGUCCGGGGCGGCGAAAGCGUCGAAAGCCACCGGUAAGACGGUACACACAUAGCGAAUAUAUAGUCCGCCGCGUUAAACUGUUUAUACGCGAGUGACCGACGCCCGCAAAAAAGCGCGUCGUUAACAUUAUAUAUAUAUACAUACGCGUAUAAACGUAUAAUACUUAUACUUGCUUUUAUUAUUACGUAUUAUAAUGUAUGCGGAACAGACGAGAAAACAAACGGUUCCGGUUGAUUUGCCGCGACCGGAUCGACGUCCGGGGCGUGAUGCGGCCGGAGGGGAGCGCCGUCGCGCGAGAUAGGUUCGCGCGACCUUUUCCCCUCGUUCCGCGCACACUGUAUAAAUCCGCGCGGACGGCGAGAGCGUUUCUCUCGACGCCGCCGCCCGCCCCACGCCGCUCCCCGCCGCACCCGUCGCGGCGACGACCGCGCGAACUAUUUGCGGUUCCAUUAUUGCCCGCGUAGGUGCGCAUUUUAGAUUUACCGUAUUCGGAAUUUUUUUAUUUUUUUUUUAUUUUUCGAUAACACGCACAAGGACGUACUCGACGGCGGCCGGCCUAUAUAUAUUAUUACGGCCCGGUCGGAAAAACCCGAUUUUCCGCAAAUAAAACGCACCCGCGCGCCGGCAGUAAAACCGCAGGGACCCGCGAACCGCACGGGCACUCCGUCGUACGUCCGACGAUACCGAGUCGACGGGUCCCGCGGGGCGCGGCCACGGUCCGCGGACAGUAUUAUUAUUAUUAUUAUUGUUAUAACAGUGCGCCGUGUCGAUUUCGAGACGUAUAUAUUAUUGUUAUUAUUAAAAAGCUAUAAGCUAUCUCGGUACGAUACUUGUAUAUAUAUAUAUUAUAUAAAGUAAAUAAACAUAAAUAAAUAUAAGAAAAAAAAAAAAAAUGCACGCGUAAAAGUAAAAUUUCAUAAACGAAUCCACGCGUCGCCCGGAGCACUGUACGACCGGUGUCGUAAAUUGAAAAUCCGUCGUAUCGGUUAUGGUAUCACGGUCGAAAUUGUAAAACGCGGCUCCGACUCUGUCGACCGCGACGCACCCGAACGCGAAUUUCCGAUUCGAAACCGGCCGUACACCGCACUCGUCAUAAUACUCCAGGCGACGCGUGGAUCCGUUUAUUUAUUUUAUUUUUGUGUACACGUUGUUCUCAUUUGCGUAUACAUUUAUACGAGUGUUGACCGUUUUGAUAAUUUUGUUUUUACAUUAUUACUGCGUUAUACAUUGCGUAUACCUACACGGCACCUAGGUCCCGUAUGCACGGUCUUUAAAUGGAAAUCUAAUGCGUCCGCCGUCGCCGGGACGGGGCCCACUGUUAUCGUUUCCCGCGGACGUUUUUCAUAUCGGCGGGGUGUGCGUUCGACGAGUCUGCACUUUGGCGUGGCUCUGCGUAACGUCCGGACCGUACGCGAUUUAUACUGUGGCGUACCGCGUGUGUACGUAUGCACUGGCCCAGCGCUUUUUUUUUUCUCCCCGACGACGCACGAACGAACACUUUAACGGAUAAAACACCCGGCGCGUGAUGUAAACAAGUUUCAUAGCGCCGGUUGUGAUAAACGACGUCAGUGUUACCUACAACUGGAUUUAGAUCCCAAUGCAGGUACACCGUGCGGUAAUAUUAUUUGACGUGACUGUUGAAAUAAACAACGGGGCCGGACCGUCGUAUUUAACUCUUAAAUAAAUACCGAUACCGAACCGCAGUUUAAACGCACAAACUCGAGAGAAAAAACGUUAGAAAGGGAAAAGGCCAACAUUCACCAGUCUUCUAUUAUGCGAUUUUCGAAUUGUCUCGUUUCCAACAUUUAAUGUGUAAUUAGUGUCAAUUUUCGCUAUCAAGUUCAGAAUACGCCCGUAGUCAUUCCAAACAAUUUCGUUUAAUAAAUACAUCUUUUCUGAAAGGUAUAUUUUCAAAUUAUUUUUACAAGGAGUUCAUACGGAAUAUCGUUGUGUAUUCCUAUAACAGUAGAUGUUUCAGUAUAGGUUUACCGUAAUAAUACGUGCAAAUAUGCUUGACCAAUACAUGCUUCGAAUUCAAACGGUACUCUUCGUGCGUAAUGCAAAUAAACGGAGCGAACACAGCUUGAAUAAUAAUUGUACAUUUGAUUUGAAUCGUUUCUCGGAUUAAAUAAAAACAAAUAUGUUUGUUAAGUUUGUUUUAUUACAAAGAACAAUGUUUAUUCAAUAACUAUUAUUUUCAGCCAUUUAAAAAAAUAUGACGAAAUACAAUAUUAUAUUUUUUGCUAGCAAAACCCAAACGAUAAGUACCGAUUUUAAUGGAAAACUGUACUAGACAUAAUUAAUGCUUAGCUUUAGUCAUUUAAAUCGAAUAGCAUAUUUCAUAUUAAUGAUUGAUUUUAUUUUUCGUAUAAGACUUCUGCGGUGUACAUUUAUAAAGACAUAAAGGCAAUCAAUACAAAAAUCAUAACUUUUUCGGCCAUAUAAUUUUCUCGUUCUUCUCCCACAUUAAUGUGUGUAUGGAAAUGGUACUUUAUAUGAUUUAAAUUAUAUGCAUUUUAUUGUGUAUAAAACGGCCCUGCCUACGGUAUCUGCAACUGUUGUAUAGGCUUGGAAGAAUUUAAGUAUGCUGGGAGUAAGUGAGCAUAAAGUAAGUUAUAAAAUAUAAAGUGAAAACAAUAUUAUUAAAAUGGUUAAUACCCGUAAAUAAAUAUAUAAAUAAAAAAUGUAUGUAAAAGAAUACAAAAUUAAAUGUAAAAGUAAAUGCUUUUGUUUGGCGAACCCAGAGAAAUAGUGACUGCUGGGGUGGUAACGCACACGGCGCAUUAUAUGCCUGCCUGCUUCCCACAUCGACGACUCCCACUUGACCGUCACAUUAGCUUAAAAUUGAUUAAUAUUGUGAACUAAUGUGUCAACAUAUUGUAAGUUUAGUGAAAAAAAAAUUAUAAAAUUUUAUUACACUAUAGCAUUAAAGAAAUACAGCCUAAAUAGGUAUUUCUAUAUUUAAGUUUAAAUCCUUCAAAUUUCAUAUAAUUGAUUUAAAAUAAUAAUAUCAUCUAUCAUCAUUGAUAAAUAUUAAUAUUUUUUCGUUUAACUUACAUGACAGUGUAUAUACCUGUAUACAAGUUAUACAAAACUCUGCAAUAAAAAAGAAGAUUCGAAUUAAUAAUAUACGUACUUUAUAAGCCCAAUAAAGAUAUUGUUUUGCUUAUACGGCUCAGUGGACCCCCUCUAUUACGUUUAUAUAUACUCUGAAUUAUGAUUUUUGCAUGGGCAAAAAAAAAAAUAAUAAUAAUAAUAACAUAAAAGAUAACAAUCGCUAAAUUAAGUAAAAAAACAAAACAAAGCAAAACAUAAAUUUACGCAUACUUGACAACAAUAUAAUUAAAGCAUGAUAUAUUGUUGGAAUUAUGAGGUAAGUGCAUAUUUUAGAACCGAAACUGAAAAUGUAUAGGUACUUUGAAUAUGAAAAAAAAAAAAAUCGCAAAUCCUUAUAAUGCAUUAUAUGAUUGUAUAUAAGCGCUCUUUGAAGUUUAUAAAUAUUCCGGUCGAUAUCAAAUUGUAAAAUAAUACUGGUUUAUAUAUCAAAAGUACUUAAUAAAACAUCUACGUAUUUUAUUAUAGCAUUAAAUAUAAUUACGGUGUGCUUAAUAUUUCAUUUUGCGGUAUAAAAUUAUUGUUAAAUUAAAAAUGCUGAUCAAUCAGCGUGUGACACACAUCAUCUCGGAAUUAUAAAGUUUUUAAUUUUUUUCUAAAAAUACCUAUGUCACAUCCCCCAUAUUUUCCGACAUUAUGUUUGAGGGUGUAAUCACUAAAUCGCCUUUAAAUGGUCACAUGUUAUUUAUGUAUGGUUUCAACAAACUAAUAUUAAUAAAACAAUUUAACCGUUUACUGAUUGAAAUCCUGAUAAUCCGUUUUGUGAGAUAAAACUCUGUUGAAAUACAUAAAAGAGCCACUCGAAUAAUCAAUUAGCGAACAUCGCCCGGAGAUUAACAGAUCUACCGCUGAUUUCUAAAUAGUGUUAAUAUUGUAUUCGCGAAAAUUAUAAACAUAAAUGUGUUAUUAUUAUCAUUAUAGUACGAUUAGUACUGCUAACGAUAAGGUCAGUCACAAUCGUCCACGUCUACUGGCCGGUUUUUAUAUUUUCAAGGGCUCUACGUUUGGAAGAAUAAUAGGAAAUGGCUGAAGGCUAGCAGAAGGCAGAACAGCGCUAUUUAAUAUGGUUAUUCAUCGCAUUUUGGAAAUACGUCUUUAUUAUUAUUUACGAUAUUGUCUGUACAUUCCACAAUGGUUCUGUUUGAACGUUUUACCUGACAUUCGUGACACUAGGAAAACAGUUUGAGUACCUAGCCCUAAAGAUAAACGGCCGAUAAGCUAGUGACGAUUUUUAUUCAGUCUUCAUUGUUUCUACAAUAAAUUUGAUAAUUAAUAAUAUGAUAAAUUAGUUAUCAUAGCUUCUGAAAAAAAUUACGCAAGCUACUCGCGAAAUGAACCAAACUUUGGCGAUGAAUGGCUAUCGGAUGCGUGUACGAAAAAACUCGUAUUAAUAUGUAUUGUUGAAAGUUAAGAUAAAAUAUUUUAGAGCGAAUUUUUACUUGAAUUGUUUAAACAAGAAUAUUCCAAAAAAAAAAAAAAAAAUCGAUAUUAUCUGAGAUAAUAUGUGUCUACACGUGAUACAUUUAUCAUGUUGUGUAGGAAAUAAUAUUCCGAAUCACAGUAUGUAAAAUGACGUUCAUUAAGUAUCUUUUUGGGCACGGCCCUAUUGUACUGUUUUAUGUAAUUAUUAUUUAUUUCAUGGAAUAGAAAUAAUAAUAUUGAAUAUUGAAUAAAACCUGCUAAUAAACAUUAUGUAUAUUUGACGAACGUGAUGUCAUAUAAUACUCGCAAUAUUAUAUUAAUAUCAGAUAUAAUGGGUUCUUAUCCAAAGGACCUACCUAUAAACUUACUACUUACGAUGUUUAAAAGUUUUUAAGUAUUAUUAUAUACGUUCAAGGUUUGUUAGAACUUGUCUUACAGCUUUAGACACAGUAGUAAUAUAGUCAGUAAUAACCAUAGUAAUUUUAAAAUAUGAUGUUUUAGAGACGAUUAACAACGAGUAUUAAAACACUCGAGACGUUUUAAUAUUAGAAACUUAAAUUUUGCAUUGUAAGAAAUUAAGUAUUAAUUAAUUAAGUAAUUAAAUUUGCAAAAACAUUUUAAUAUUAAAAGCUACAUAAUCCAUAAACUCAUUUUAAUAUUUAAAAUAAGUUUUCAAUUUUUAUUUUUUGCUGUUAUUUAGUAGUUUUUAUUUAUUAACCCGUCUUAGUGUUUUAUGUAAUGAUUUGUAAUGCUAAUAUUUCAUCGAAUGAAAAUCACUAGAAUUUUACUAUGUAUUGAUAAAAUGAUUGUUUGUAUAUGAAAUAAUUUCAUUUGAAUAUUACAUUUUGUGAAAUAGUUCAAGAAUAAAUAAUAAAUUAUAGUAAAAUUAAAAUUCUUUACAAAGCCUUUAAACUGCAAAAUAUGCACUUAGUUGUCGAAAAUGAAAUCGACCAAAAUUAAUAUAUCGAAUAAAUAAAAAUAUAAUCAAGAAAUAGAACUUUUCCUUUACGUGUAAAAAUGUAAAUAUUUAAUAUAUUUACGAGUGUCAAUGACAAGACAAGUAUCAUAUCUUCUUUUUCCAAAAGAAAAGUUUUAAGUUAUUGAACUCCUAACAACAUUUAUUUUUCGUUUAAAUAAAUGGACAAAGUUUAUAAAUAGAUAGACCAUAAAAAAAUAUAUACUUCCGUUUAUAUAGGUUUUGUAUUUAUUAGCCUACAUUACCAAAUGAUUUAUCCAAUCGAACGUGCAUAGGGUAUACAAAUCAAAAGUGCUUAUUUAUAUAAUAUGUAUCAUACAAGUCAAAAUCAUAAAAUCAUUAAGCUUUCAUCAACUAUCUAUCGCAGAAAUGAUUUAAAAACAUACAAAAAUAUCGUAUGAAAAGUUGAUAUCGAUCACGGAUAAACCACUAUAUUAUAGGUGGGAAUUUAAGAAUGUUUGAUACACUAGGUAGAUAGGUUUAUAUACUGCAUGCAACGAUGACUAAUUGUAAAUGAAAAAAUAUUCUAAGAGGAGUAGUAUUAUUCAUGUUUUUUCCCUUAUUACCAAGACAACCGAGAAAUAAUAAAAAACAUUUCUACUGCACACGACUUUUAAAAAUGUAUGAAAUUCAUUUGUUUUUUAUAAUACAAAUAUAUAGGUAAUACAUAUUAGGUUUGUGUUUGUUUGGUAUUUUUUAGAACUCAUUUUGGCAUCAUACACCUUUUUAACUAGGACUUUCUUUAAAGAUAACUUUAUUCUGUCUUUUUUUUUCCCCCUGAAAUCACAUUCCUUUAUUAUAACAUGUUAUUACAGAUUGUAAAUUUAUGUUUAUACGCUCUUAUAAUAAUAUUAUAUAAAAAAAAGUUUGAAUUUCUGGUAACGUAAAAUGAAUUCAUUUGUUAGUUUUAAUUUUAAUAGUUUAAACAAAUUUUAAAUAAUAUAAUGGCAAAUUGUAUUAUUAUAUUCUAAUUUAAACAAUUUUUACACUGUAUAAGAUGCAAAUUCGCAUACAACUUUUGUUGAAUAUAGUAUGUAGUAAUGUUGUUAUUCAAGUAAUCUUGAAUAACAUUUUUCAUCAAAUAUUAACAUCUAAACAAUUUAUAACAAAUAAACCAAUGAAUGGUAUAUAGUAUAUACUAAAAUAAUUAUGAACAAAAUUAAUAAUAGUAACCAUUUUCAAAAUAAUUUACAAUUUUAUUUUAACUUUACGUUGAAAAAUAAUGAUUUAAUGACUUAGAAGUCAUUUCACAAGAUAAUUGGUUUGAUGAGCGACGAGACUCCACGGAAUAAGUUGGUGUACUAAUUUGCAUCAAGUCUCAUAAACAAUGUGGAAUAUUAAUUAUUUUUUCUAUCACUCAAAUUUCAAUUUAAUAUUUUCAAACGUAUUAAUAUGUAUUACUAUAUUGAAGAACGGUACAUAUGGGUGGGGAGACGUAAGCAUAACAAAAUAUCAGUACCUCCAAUAUUUAGAAGAAUCUAUUGGCGUGAGAAAAGAGUAAUCAAAAGUAAAUACAAUUAAAAAAACUCAGCUCCUCAAAUUACAUAAAAAUUUGUUUCGUGGCACGAAUUGUUCAAUGGGUCAGCUAACAUGAUGUAAUUCUGCAAAUUUCACCGUGAGCACCUAUGUGACCGUCAUUUUAAUUGUCACCGAAAUACUAUCUUUAAUUGUGAUUAUAAAUAAGAAAAAUUUACCAUUACUAGUUCGAGAAGUCUUAAAUAAUAAUGUUCAGCCCCAAAAUUCGAUUUUUAGAUUAAAAAGUUGUAAUUUUGUGAUUUACCUUCAGACCCAUUUCAAACAAUAUUGCAUUUAAUAAGUCUAACAACCGUACAAGUGUUUCGAGACAAUUGACAUGUUAUCGAGGAGCCGAGAUUUUCUACGUUAUAGAUAACUUUUACAUACAUUCUCCUCACGUCUAUAAAUUUUUAAACGGCGCCAUAUAACUUAUCUGAAAAAUACCAAGAACGGCUUGAGUUCAUGGGUUACGACGUAGUAAAUUGGUACGUAGACGACUUUCAGAACGAUCAGAUUUGUAGUAAUCGGGGUUACUACUAUUUCUUUAUUUUAAUUAUCUUAGUCUCCUCGUCGGAGAUACCUGUGUAUAUUCAUAUUUUAAAACCAUUUUAUUUUAUGUUUCAAGAUAUGUAAUACGUAAUUUAGUUAUAUUCAUAAAAGUAGAUUUUCACUCGCUUAAUUUCAUUUACGAGAACGGCGGCAUAGUCGUUCUCGCAAAGGGUAAUAAAACUACCAAGGCCAAAGAAAAUCGUACGAAAUGUAGGUAUAACUUUAAAAUUGUAAAUAUGACGUUUAUAAAGUAGUAUGGCCUUUGCAAAUAUAUACAACCAAAUUCCGCUCAGAAUCGUUUUUCGUAAGGAAUAAUUAAUCUUUGCGUACAUAUAUACAUUAAAUUUCUCUUCUAUCUUCCCAACUUCUCAUCAAAAGUGGCUCACCCAUGUAUGUCCGUUUGUUUUUUAUACUUGUCAUAUAACAACAAAUAUUAUUAUUAUAUUAUUAUAUAUACGAUACCGUUUGUUUUAAUUUGUCACUGAUGGUCGGCUAGCGACAGCAUAUACGGUUUCUGUCGCGUAGACAAAAAAUAAUUGUUUUAAAAAACUAUAUUCAUUUUUGCGCGUUAUACCAAUUGAUCCAGAUAUGCGAUACGAAUUUUAGAAACAUAUUUUAAAUCUUCAUGAUCGGCUUUUCUUAUUCUUUCUUAUUCCUUUCUAUUCUUAUUUGAAUGUGGCCAUGCCCAGUGUAACAUGUCUCUAAGGAGGUCACUUGAUCUCUAUUAGUCGAAAGGCAAGUAUAGUACCAUUUUUGAUUAUCAACAUCUAGAAUUUUAGAUCUUUAAACAGGGCAUCUCUCUCGAGUGUAUGAUUAUUGCAUAUUUUAGAAAUUAUUAACUUUUUCGUAUAACAAAAUAGUUUUAGUAAAUAGUUUUUUUCUAUUUAAGAAACAAGUAUUUCAAAAAAAGUUAUACCAUCGUUUCUUGUCACCCUCAAAUUUGAGAAUUUUUUUUUUGGCACUUGUAGGUUGCAAAAUUUUGAACCCGUAUUGCCAUUCUUCUCUUUCUUUUUUUUCUUAUUCACGGCCUUGAAAGACAACAUUGACAAACAGUUUAACUUGUUCAUAGUUCUGAAUCCAAUGUUAAUAAUUCUCUCCAAUAUAUUUCUGGCUUUUUUCUUUCUUUUUGUAUUGUAUUUGAUGUUCUCUCCUUGUCCAUGUUCUUUUAACUUUAAGAUUAUACUAUAUCAGUGCCGCUUCUUCCCUCCAUGAAUUUUCUGUACUCUUGUCCAUUUUAGUCGUAUAUUCAAUAAAAUUGCUUGUACUAUACCCGGUCUGUGACACAGUUUUUACAUGUUUUAAUUAUUUGUUUGUUCUGAUUCUGCACUAUAUGUUUAUUUAUCUAUGCGCGGACCAAACAUUUAAUUUUUUAAUUUUUGUUCUCAAAAACUUACAAUUUUAAUUUACUUUUGUGAUUUACAUAGUGUCAAUGCUUUAUAAAAUCAUAACCAUUUAUAGAGAUAGUUUUGCGUUUUCCGAUUCCUAGCGCUCUUGUACGCGAAGUAAUUUUUUUAAACUAGAAUAGCAUUGAUUUCCUGAAUUCUUGAAAUCUUGAUUUAAUUUAAGUUAAAAUUGCUUUUUUUUUGUGUAAUAAAUGAGCCAAAAUAUUAAUUUAAUUCGUGUACUCUUUUAAAUAGUCAUUAACUUUUAAGCAUCUGUCUGUCAUCAUGUUCGGUCCAGGUGCUAUUUAUAUAUUAAGACGUGUUUUAUUUCCGAUUAUCACCGUCAUUAUUUAUUGCGUUACGCAAUUAUAAUAAUGUUUUGUAUAUAAUUUUAAGGGUUUAAAAACCCGACAAUAUCGCGUGUUAAAAAGAUAAAUAUCCUGGUUUUGAAUCAGUGACGAUUAUAUACGAACUACACUGUUAUAUUAUAAUAGUGCGGGGUCGUUAAGCCGUAUACAGUGAGAAUAUUAAUUAGACAAAAUAGCAGUCUUCUAUAUAAGGGUGACUCUACGAGUAAAGUAAUUAAUUUCACAAAGUACCUACUUGGACGGUAGUCGCGCUGGCGCUGAGAACCAUUUGCGAAUAAUAAUUGUAUAUUGUCCUCAGUGACUUGCGCACGAAAUCUAUAUUUGUAUAUACUAUAUACAUAUAGAUACAUACAAACUAGAUGUUACUCGCGAUAUCUUCCGGGUAGACUUCUAUAAUGCCUUCUCUACGAGGUGUAUGGAAGGUAAAUAUUAUCGAUAGAAAAUAAAUGAGCUGAUAACUGGUGACAGGUCUUGGUCGGUGGACACCUAAUUACCAGAUAACAAGUGGAUUUAUUAAAAGGUUUUUUUUCAUUCACAGAAACAUUUUUCGGAAUCUUAUAAUAAACAUUUUUUUUUUUUUUCCGAAGUCCCAAAGAUGGGAUAUUUUACAAGAUAACCUUCAUUUAUUUUUAAAGGGUUAUACUGUAAUAGUACUAUAAGGGGGGUCUUCAAAUCGGGGUCCAGACGCGUUGGUUAUUUUUUGAUAACCUAUCGUAAUCUGGACAACGUAUAACGCCGCGUAAUGAUGGCAGUUAGUAAAUGAUUAUGUGUGUACAUUUAUUUGAAUACAGAUAUUAUUAUAACGGCACAGUCAAAAAGUGAAUAAAAAGUACCGGUGGCAAAGCACAGCGUAAAUAAAUGCGCAAUAAAAAUAAUAAUGAUAUUAUUUUUAUUGCACAUUAUAAUAACCAUAUUAUUAUAAUAGCGUUAUUAAUUUAUUAUACGCAAUUGAAUACAAAACGUGACUCGCUCAUUGUCAUCAUAAACGUGUAGAGAAAUAAAUAUCACACAAUCAUCUCUAUACAUAUAUGUUAACAUGUUAGAUAAAUGAGAACCCACAAACUGCGAUAAAUAAUUGAAUCAUAAAGACAGUGUUUCUCCAAACUUUUUACUGUCUUGGGUUCAUGACCCUCUAAAUGAAUAUUCAUUUUUUUAGCGACAACUAAACAGGUAUUUUUACACGGUGACCCAAUAUUUUAUAGAUUUAGUGACCUUUAAUAAUGAAUUGGUAACCCCAAAAAAUUACCUCUGUGCUGAGAAAAACUGAUCAAGAAAAACCUGUUUGAAUCGAAAUUUGCGUACAUUUAUUAAAAAUAAUAAUUAAAAUACAUAUAAAUAUGAUUUAUUAAAAUUCAUGAAAUCUAGAUGCGCACAAAAUCUGAUACAUUUUGAUUAUUUUGAUUAUUUUAUUUUAUGAUAGAUUGACGGGCAAAAACGAAAUGUAUCAAAUUGUAGGGUAUUUAUUAUCAAAGUUACUGAUAAAAUGAUAAUCAUUUCAAUAAACCUAGACAUUUUCUCUGAUUAUCAUCUAGAUAUUUUUGAGUUUAUUUGAAUACAAAAUACAUGAAUUAAAUAAAAAUAUCUGUUUUUUUUUUUUUGACUAGACUUUUCUUUGAAAGGUUCGGACUAACUUCAAUGGGACGCUUAAACGUAAAGUAGAGUAAAUUCUCGGGUGUUAUAUUUUAAAUUAAUCUUAUCCCGGAAUUAAUACAAUUCCUCCAGAGUGGACUACACUUGAUUUUUGGGUAUUUCAUUUCGAAAAAUACAUGUUUUAUAUACGCACCGCACGGAUGAAAAAAACCGAGUUAUAUUGAUAAGAUUGAACAAAAUAUACAUUGCAGCAGUGAAAACACUAUUAUCUGAUCGUUUCAUUGGAUGACCACUGCAAUAGACAUAGUUUAUUAUUAUGUUUUAUUAUUUGCACGCAAUACCGUACACGGGCUAGGUCGCGCAGGACAGUCGGUAAAAACACCAUAAUAGUCGUUCGUGGUAUCGUAUUACACGUGCGAUACUCAGUCGGUAUUUUUUAUUUUUUAUAACGUCAAUAAGUCAUCGAAAAACAUUACCUACGUGAGCGAAUACGCGUCGCGAAAUAUACGAGAUUAGAGCUGUACGUACGAUACAUCGCGUGGGCGCGCGGAGGUGACGCGAACGGAUAUAACAUAAUACGCGUGUGUAUUUUUUUUUUUUUUUUAUUCGGUUUUCUCGCGCUAAAUUGACCGCGGAAUCCUUUAUAGAUCCUUUUGUUUUGUUUUUACGAGAUUCCGACGAUGGGGAUUUUUUUUUUUCAAAUCGCGGAGGCUUAUUUGAUUGUGCACAAACGGUCGCGUUGAUGGCAUAUAAAACUUAACUCUACGCCGUUAUACGCGACGCCGACGACCGCGACGGUCCGUAUAAAAAAUGUCAAGUGUGAUCACCGAGUCACGCGCGUACACUGCAAUAUCAAACGGUCUACGGCGAUAUGCCGUAUCGAACGAGCAUUGUUGUACAAAGUUUAGAAAUUUUAUUUUUUAUUUCCAGAGGAAUAAAAACGUGUAUCGUCUGCACAUUCCGAAUUUUAUUACGGUAUUUCAGGACGGCACUGAGCAUAACGUUAUUUCUCCGUUUAUAUUCAUGCAAAUAUAUCAUUAUAACAAUAUUGUAUUAGGUUUACCGCGGUAUUUUCGUUUUAUAAUAAUACCACUGUAUAACAAUAUUAACAAUAGCACAUCAAUAAACACUAUUACAGUCGUUGAACGUAUAAUGUACACGAUAAUAUGAUUCGUUUUUCAUUUGUUAUUUUUUCAUUUGUACAUUACAUUAUUAUUGGUAUAUUUGAAGUGUCCAAAUACGUUGAAAUAUAUAUUUGUAGUUGUUCUUAUUUAAUAUCAUAUUAAAUUACAUUUUAAAAAAAAAAAAAAACACCCGUGAGCAGCAGACCUACAUCAUUAGAGUAGAAUUUUCCCUUUCAUAUUUUAACAAAAAAUAAUAAGAAACAAAAACGUAAUAAACAGAACAGUGAAAAAACGAGACAUUUGGAAUAAUAUAAAAGCCAUAAGGGACAAAAUGAUAGGGCAUCUAGUAUCUACAGCGCCACGAUACCGACACGUAACAUAUUGAAGAUGAUAAGGUCGUAUCAGAAGAGAGAGAUCAAGAAUGGAGUACAUCAAACAAAUCGUAAUAGACAUGGAUAAGAAUAGAUAAGCAUAGUGAACUGUGGUAAAUUAAUCAAACGAUUUAAGAUAAGACUAGAUGAGAAAAAGGGAAAUGUUCUUUGUAAAACGAAUAGUUACCUACGAUAAAUAAUAUGUAUAAGCGACUAUAAUAUUAAUACUAAACUAUGCUGAAUCUAUACUACUACCAAUCUACGAUAAUAAUUAUUUUUUUAAAAAAAUGGUGAAAUUUGAGCACACACAUUUUUGUGGGCAGGAGUUGAACUUCGACUCCCCCCUCCACCGAACCGGACAUUAUACUAUCGCUAUGCAUGCACAAAAUUUCAUCUCCUCUGACUUAUUUGAGACGGGCUGCAGAAGUGUUCAAAGCUAAAAAAAAUAACGUUCACCGUGUGGCAACGUGUUAAAAUUCAUAUUUCAGUUUAAGCUCAUUUAGUUCUGAGGCAACCGCUAUAACUGCUAAAAGUGUAGGUAGCGGAAAAGAGAUAUGCACUUAAAUAUUAUACAACAUAAACUCGUAAAUACAACGGAUGCCAUUGUAGGUUGCACUAAUCUAUACCUCCAAGGAAAAUUCGAGAAACAAGAAUGACCGAGUAUUAUGUGGAAUUUGUGUAGUUUAUUAAAAACUAUUGUGUAGUAAUUUAAUUAAUGUUUUCAAAACAUUUUUGUCUUUUUAUUACGUACGGCAUUUAUUUUUGCUCGUACAACUAAUAUAAUAUACAAUUAUUAUUAUAAUUAUUAAUAUUAUUAGGGCGGUAAAAAUUCUUGAAUAUUGCUCGUUCUGGUUUAUAUGAAAAUAUAAGUUUUUUUUUUUUUUUUUUGAAAUUCCUCAGUGUAUCACAAAGAAAGUUAACGAAAAACCGUUGACAUUUACUAUACAAACACAUAUUUUAGUUGUUUACGUCGUAAUUAUUGUACGAGUUAUUUAAAAAAUAAUUAUUAUGGUAGUUCUUAUUCACAAAACAAAAAAAAAAACAAAAUGUUUAAUCAACUUAUUUUAAUUGCGUUUAGGUUUAUAUUAUGUAUUGGAUUAUAAAAAGUCAUUAUUUUGUAUGGAUUUCGUUAAUCGUAAUAAUAAGCCCAAAAACAGAAUUCCGAUUAAAGGCAAUAUCGUCCCGUAAUAAUAAUGAAUGGUCUUCGUAAAAAAAAAAAAAAAAAAUUGACCUGUAUCAAAUAAAAAUACUCAACGGUUUCUCAUUUCAAAAAAUAUGAUUUAAAAAAGAAGAUAAUUUCAAAAUUUAUCGUCAAAAAUAAUUUAGUUGUUAAUUACUAUGUAUGUUAUUACGGCGUUGUAUUAAGUAUAUUAGGUAAUAUCGCAUUUAUCUUCACAUAUUUUGAUGCAGUGGCGCACAAAUCUUUCUUUUCCAAGUAUAGUAAAAAAAAUAUUGGUACCUCCUACCCCACUUAAAACACGUAUAACUCAAACCUAUUAACUCUGCAUUAUAUCAAGUUAUUAUUUAUAACUGUCAAAAUAUACAAUUUUAGAAUUGUAGCGUAGAGAAGAAUGGAUUGAUUUUAUUACGAUGUGUAUUAUUGCAUUUAUUUUUAAUUUUUUUUUUUGUGUUUAUAAACAACUUUUCUAUCAGAAAUCUUGUUCCUAAGUAUCAAAUGGAGCUCCUAUUUGUAUGGUAUUUGUAUAUAUUAAGUAGUUUUAUCUACUCGUUACAUUGAGGAAGUCAUUUUUUUAAUUUUCCAAGCAAUUUGCAUAAUAAUUGGGAAAAUCGUAGGGAAAAAACGACAAAUACGGCAUAACGAUUAAAUGAUUUUAUAUUUUUGUAACUUAUGUUUUCUACCAGAAAUGUAGCUCCAAUAAAAAAAAAAUUAUAUAAGAUCAUUUUUAUUGCAUUUUAAAUCUUGUUUUUGGCGAAGAAAGUUAUUUUUUAGUUUUUGUGUAUUUUUUUUUUUGUAUAUUUUGAUAGUUGAGCAAAUCCAUAAAAAAUAUAGAGAGAAGAGGAAAAUUUGCAAAAAUUUUUUUUUUGGAAUUCUUGUAGAGAAGUUUAACUUUGACAGAAAAAUAACGUUUGCUUUUUUUGGACACAAUAAUAUUUUCAAAACAUUUGAGCUAUUUAUAAUAGAAAUUUAAUUUUGCUAGUUUUGUAUUUAAUUUUUAUUCGUUAGGUACCCUAUGAAAAAAAAAAAAUUGUUAGAUCAAACAGGAAUACUUGAAACCGAUUAUAUAUUUUAAUAACGGUUUGUCAAUUCAUCUCUAAGGAGAGUGACUAUCAUAAGAGCUUUUUCUUUCUCGGUAUCUCUCACAGAUGAAUUUACCCACGAUCACCGGCCGUGCUAGAAUGUUGACAAGUUUCCUCUAAAAAUGUGAUACCGUUUUUUCUCCACUGUUCUUUUACCUCUAAAUGAAAAAGCAUUCCAUCAAUAUUUUCCUCUAAAUAUUAAAAUUAACUUAAUGAAAAUAAUAACUAAUACUAUUUCUAAUUAUGAGAUACAUACUUCAACUUUCGAUGCCACUGAAGUUAAAAUAAGUUUUGAAGAACAAUUUUAACUUGUAAAUGGUAAUAAAAAAUAUUUUAAUACAAAUUUCUUGUUAAAAAAAUCUAAAUUUGUAUUUUGUAUUUUGUAUUUUAGGUUAAAAUAAACUUCAUUUCAACUCAUUAUCUACUUUUAGUUUCAAUAUAACAUUUUCUGAAAAAAAUGAUCUCAACCAGAAUUUAAAUUCUAUAGCUAUACUUAUGGUGAUCAGACGUACUAUUUUUCGUAGGAAAGUACUCUUUUCUUGUAUUGUCCUAUGUCCUUAACAAUAGUGUUAAGUACAUGAAAUUGUACACUUAUUUUGAAAAUAUUAUGGACUAAUAUAUGUUUAUGAUUUUAUAUAAUUUGACGAUUCAUUUAUAUUUUAAUAUUUUAUGGUUCGACAUAAUGCUUUCCAAAUGUCUGCAAGUGACUGACAAUGGUAGCGACAGCUAGAAAAUCACUGUUUGGCGAAAAAAAAAACCUUAACAUCAUAACCACCAGAAACAUAUUAAUAAAGUUUUGUAUAUGUUUUUUUUAAAUAUUUAUACUUUAAGUUUACUUAAAAUAUAGUUGACAUUAUGAUUUCAAAUAAUUAGUUUUUAUAGUUUAUAAAAGAAAAAAUAAUAAUACAAGUAGAGUAAUCAGAUUAAACAAAAAUGUAUAUAGAUGGAGAUGACUUAUGGGCAAAAUGGGUGGAAUAGUAUAUAAAUUGGCCAAUUCAAGGGAGGGUUUUUUUUUUUAUAAUGAAGGACCUACAUUUUAAUACAUACUUUUUUUGGAUUUUUAUAUCUGGUCACCAUACAUACUGUAUACAAAUUAUUAGGAGAAUGACAAUUAAUUAUUUUGGUAACGAAGAAAAAUGAACAAAGGAGAAAAUCGGUAUCUCAAUUUCGGGGAGAAAUGUCCACACAGCCACCGGAAAAAUCAGACCAUGACAGCUAUUAUUAUUAUUUCUUACUUUGCUUUGCCUAUGCCCUAUAUAUAUUGGGUUUAAAUGAAAUUAUUCCACAUUGGAAUUAGGUUAAGUUAUACAGAACAAAUAUAAAUUUAAUUUUCAUGUUUCCCCGUUCCCAUCAACACCCCUAGAAGAGUCGAUAAAUGCUGUACUUGACCAGUUACUUAUUCAUCCCAAUUAUUUAUUUUAUCUCUUUUAAUCUUGAUGAAUGAAAUACUUUCUUCUUAUCGGUAUCAAUUAAUAAAAUAACCAUUAUUUUUUUCAUUCGUAAAACCAAAGGCACUUGGAAAUCAAAGAAGAAGAGGAUAAUUUAUUUCUUUAUUAUAAUGAUAAAAAUCAAUUAUAAGUUUUCCGUUAGAGGUUGAGUUCUGCACAAAAAAAUAGUCAUCUCUAUAAAUAAAAUAAAUAUAAAUUUAAAAAAAAAAAACCGCAUGAAGACGAGGAUUCAUGAAAAUUUCAGAAUGGAUGUUUCCAAAGCUAAUCCAUCACAAAAAUAUAUUUUUUUCAAAUUUUCCUGUGCGUAACAAAAAUCUCCAAAAAAAAAGAAACGGUAUCUGGUGUGUUAUGAAAUUGGAUUAAUUUAAAAAGUCACGUUUAACGAGUAUAUUUCGAGGAAAAAAGUACAAACACUCGUUAAUAUAAGUAUAGAUAGAGGUAGGUUGCCUUCAGAGAAUAUGGCGGUGCUAAACACUUUGACGGUUAUUUGGUUACCUACCUAUCUCGUAGUGCCACGUACACUUGACACGAAAAUCGUUUAAAUCUCACGAACAUCAUAUUUAACAAUAUAAAUAAUAAAGAUAAAUAUAAUAAAAACAACAUUAACUACCUUUCAUAACACCUAUAUGUAAAUAGUAAUAGUCUUUUUUCAUAAUAUGUAUACACGCCGAAUUAUUUUGGAAUUAUAUCUCGUCAAAUGUCCAAUCAGUGUAGCGUUGUAAAUCGUUUAGACGUGUGUUUCUUAUACGUAAAGUAUAAGAAACAAUUCCCCGAAGGUCGCCACGCCGAUAUAAUCAAAAUCUGACCAAUUACAAAAUGGCGUUAAUAUUUGUUCCAUUAUUAUAUUUAGGUUAUCACCUCGAUUACCUUAUUAACAACUAAAAUCGAGUAGCAUUCAUAGUGAUUGAGCGCGAUCUAUAUCGGCGGAACUUUUUCAGGCGUACGAUUGAGCGUGCUACAUAAUUCUUAUAUUCGUAUAAGUUAUCGAAUUUCCAUAAACGGUAGUGUGCACAGAAACUACCAAAUUAUUUAAGAUAAUUGUAGAUAAACUAGUUACACAGAUGUAUGGACGAAAUUGGACCUCUUCGAAGAAACAUUAUAAUUGUCACGCUUAAUGGAGAAUGGUUGCAAACAGAUUCAAAUUUCACCAGCUUGUUCACAGAAUACUAAUAUUUUCGUUUGUAUGCGUAUGAGUUCGAUAUUUCAGCAUGUUAUAUUACUACUUUUAACGCAGUUUCUCACCAGUAUCACUAAAUGAACGGUCUCGACUUAUUAACCAUAGAUCAAAAAUCCGGGCAGUAUAUCAAAAUCUGAAUCAAUGUAUACGGUAAAUUAGUGGUUACGCUAUUAUUCAAAUUAAUUCAAAUUUACAUCCAAAUUAAUAUAUUAUCACUGUUUGUUUAUUAGUAUCCUUUACCCAACCUAAAUUUCCAAACUACUUCAACCUAUUUCAAGGAACAUAGUGUCCUAUAUUUAAAUCUAAACCUCACUAUGUAGGACCGGCCACCGGGCCUUCGGCCAGAUCUAUACAUGAGCUCAUGUCGGACUUUUAAAUGAAAAUAGACUACGAGUUGUUGUGCAAAACUUCGUCGGGUAGGUCUCAGAAGAAAAACCAAAACAAGAGAAAAUUAAUUUCAUGCAUUUCGGUUUUAAACUCGGUAAUCUCUGCUAGGGAAACGCCGCGUUAGCCCAUUAGGACGCUACAAGAUUACAAUCGUAUAUGUUGACUUGUAUGUUCGUUUGUAUUCAUAGGCCUAGUAACUAGUUAAUAAGUAUUCUUAGUUAACAUAACACGUACGGCGGUGAAUUUGAAUCAAUGAAAAGCUCAUUUAUGAAACAAUGUAUAGUAUGUCAAUUUUAAUCCGGGUAAACGAGUGAGAUUAUUUUUAUUAAUCGAUUUUCUAUAUUUUCUAUGGCGUUUUUAUAACCAGUAUAUCUACAACCAUAAUAUUUAAUAACUAUUCGUUUUCUAUAUUAAGUUCAAAAUUAUCAAUUUAGAAUGAAUUUCUCCCAUUGUAAUGAUGAUUUAUGUAUUUUCAAUUUGUGUUAAUACGUUAUUAUCACAUUGGUCGCGUUUUGGAAUUAAAUCGGGAAGAAGAAGAGAUAUUUAUGUGGAGUGUGGAAAAAAACGUUUUACCUUAAGUAUAGAUUAUAUCUAACAGCGAGCCAAUGUAUAUAUAUAUUAGAUGAAGAUACUCCAAAACUCAGAGUACAGUUACAAUUUUAAUAAUGAAUUCACAAUUUUAGACACAAGAUAGAAAUUUGACAGACAUGUUUUAUAUAAACAUUUCUAAAGAGCAGCUACAGAUUUAUCGACACCAAAAUUAAUUUAAAGUAAAAUUGACUAUAGAAUAUACAUUUUAGAAUAAAUAUAUGACUUCAAAAAUAUUCAAGUUAUUUAUUUUUUAAAAAAAUAUAAAUAUUUCACGAUAAAAUUUUGAAGGUAAUUUAAAAUUUAGAAAAAUAUAAUAGGUUAUUAACUUGGCAACAUCGCCUCCAUUACGCACUCAGGUGUGAGCUUUUCAAAGGUCAAAAUCAUAUUCUUUGUUGUGCCGAUAUCAUUCUAUUGUAUAAUCCGAAAAGAUAAAACGCGCUCAAUCUUACUCUACCGCCUUAUAACCUAUUCGGUUAUCAUUGCCUUCGGUCGGUUCAGCGAAAUAUAAUAACAAGCGGUUUGCCGAACCUAGCCGAAAUAUAUCUAGAGAUUGGCAUUUUUAAAAUAACUUUACACUAUUGGUAUAGUUGAGGAAGGAGAAGUAAUGGGGGAGGGGACUAAGAUAAAUACGAAAUGUUAAAAAAUCGUUCGUUGGCAAACAUAAUAUAAUAUUUGGUCGCAACCAACGCCAUUAUUGACGUGUCUCGGAAACACUAUAAACAAAUGAUAACCUCUUUUCUUUUUUUUUUUACUUCAAACGAAUUCCUCUUGUUUAUUUUCCGUCAUGCAUAGGGACGGCAGCAGUCUCCCGUGGUUCUACUUUCGUUUUUCUAUAUGCCUAUAAAAAUACGUAGAGAUAGAAUUUUCACUGAUAUUUUCUAAAAACAAAAAUUUAAAGGUAAGUAUACAUGUUUAAUGUUUAAUUUUAUAGCGGUUGUAGUGGAAGUUUAAAAAUGAUAAGUAUACAUAUAAUACCAUACUACUCCUACAAUCUAAUAAUAUUAGGAAAUAUUUUAAAAGCUAUUUAUACACUAAUGUAAAAAUAUAAAAUAAAAAUACAAUAUAUAAUAAUAAAAAUAGCCGAUACUGUUCGGUAUGCCACUGUGGAAAAUUGGGGAAGUAGGAUCCAUAAAAUUGUUUAAUGUGUAUCGUUAAGCAACGAUAUUAAUGAUUGUUAACGAAAUAGGAUACUGAGCAAAGUUUGGCUAUGCAUAUUUUAUAAUGCCGUAAUUUUUACGGUUAUCGUCAAAAUAAGAUCUUAAAAAUUCGUACCUUAAACCUCUUGAGGUUUUUUGAUCGAAUCAAAAUUGUUGGUAGUUAAUAUUAAUCGUAAAAAAGUAAAUCGUGAAUCAUAACAUACAUCAUAGUAAAACCUGUGCAUUCCUCGCUGCGCUCAGAAUCUAAAAUACAUUAUAAACAAAUAAUAAUGUAGUUUAAUUUCGGUACUUACCAAAAAUGUAUAUUUUGUAUACUUAAUAUUAUCAUUGAUGUGCGUAUCUACUCUGGUUUGUCUGGGACGUUAUUUAAAUAAAAUUCAGAAGUAUGUUUGGUAUUUUUAGGUCCAGCUAAUCCCGACCCCUCACCCCUUGGUUAGAGAAAUCGAAAAUGCUCACAUGGAAAAUAUUGUCAGGAAAAUGUACAUAACUAUACACACUCACAAGUGUUUUUCUAUAUACUUUAAUAUCAAACAAUACAAUAUGUGGUCCGUGAUGUUUUGCAGGAGACGACAACAAUGAGCAUAAAAACGGAUCCACCGGUACCGUCGUCCGUCCCGCACCCUACUCGGUGACGGCGGUCUGGGCGAUGACGACGACGACGACGACAACGACCGCCAUGAUAAUAACGGCGACGGCUGUACAAAGGAUCUUUCUGUCGUGAAUAUUCGUCCUCCAGCCACUAUUUACACAACAGCCGGGACCAUGCGAAAGAAAACCGGGCCGAAAAAUAAAUAAAAAUGUAUAUAUUAUAUAUAUAUAUAUGCGUGCGUGUGUAUGUGUGUGUGUGUGUGUGUGUGUGUGUUUGUGUGUGUGUGUGUGUGUUUGUUUGUGUGUGUGUAAUAUAAUAAAUUCGUAAUACGUAUUAUUGUAAAACGGUGUCCCGGCUGUUGUCAAAUUGUACAAAAAUGUAAUUUUAUGUUUUAUAUAAGUAAAUUGUAUUGUUAUUAUUAUUAUUAUUAUCAUUAUUGUUAUCAUCGCGAGUGUCGUAUUAUGCGCUUUUAGUUUCGUCUAAGACAUUAAUGUUAUUGUUAUAUUUAUACAUGUGUAUUUUUUUUUUCAUUCUGAUGGCCUCACGACUUGUAAUUUGUGUGCGCUAUUCAAAAUAAUUGUAAUCACAAGCGGUUCGAGCAUACGAUUUUCGAUAUGUCAACACACUGCACCAGCUGCAGUAAAGGCGAUGAGUAAAACGCCGUUGAGUGCAUGGAUUAUAUUGGUUUUCAAUAAUUACUGAAUCAACGAUAUAGGGAAACCCAAUCGGGCAGCUUGAAAGCCAUUCGCUUAAAUCAUCGGUUUACCCGUUGCAUCAUAUUUUAUUUCCGAUUCUGCCCCCGGCACCACGGAAAAUAGUGAAAACGUACCUAAUGAAAAAAAUCAUAACAUUUUCGAAAAAUCCACAGACGUCCAUAUUUUGCGCCGCGGGUUAGGUCAUCUUGUAGUCGAGGACAUAGGAGUGUAGUUUAAAUAACAAGUAGGUAUUUUUUGAACGGUAAUCCUUUGCAAACAGCAACCGUUCUGAAUAGAGCUCGGUAGACUGGUCGGGUCGGACAACACCACCUACAUAUUAAUGUAAUUUUUUUAAUGGAACCCAGAAAUAAUAUUUAAAAAGUCCAAAUUUUUUUUUUUUUUUUUUAGUGUUUCAAUAGAAAUUAGAAUUUAAAAAUCCGGCUUCGUGUCUGCACGUCUAUGUACCUACGUCUAUUUUAAAAGUGAAACGUCACUAAAAUGCGUGCUGCAGAUUUUCUAUAAUCUUUUAUUGAAUGAUUUGAACGUUUUGGAUGAAUUUUAGUUACGUACAAUGUGUUAAGUAACCCACCACCGAAAACAAAUUGGGUUUUUGAAACCAUUAUUCCGUUUAAAUUCUAAAAUAAUGUCGUUGAAGUGGGAGUUGGAGUGGUCUACGUGUCUUGCACCGGACCGUGUUGGGAUUAUCUAGAUAUAAUAACCACGUACGAAAUAAUCUAGAUAACGGCAUUAAUAUCUUCUAUCAUUUAUCUAUAUGAAAUCAAAAUAUUAUAUAAUUAUUUUGAUUUUCUUAAUUAGUUUUGGUAAAUACGACUAUUCAGUAUUCACAAAUUAGUAUACCGUAAGGAUUAAUUUAAAUAUAAGAUAACAGACAGAUCUACAGGUACCUAUACUAUUUUGAUUAUUUAACGAUGUGUUUUCAGUCUGCAUUAGUUACAUAUCUAUCUGAAAUAAUAUUUGUAUGAACUAUAUCUUAAGAUAUUUUUUUUUAUUAUCUUUUUAUUAUAUCACCUACACAAAUGGAAAAUAUCAUUCAUUUUUAUCCAAGAUUAACGUUUAGUCAUGAUCUCUAACUUUUAUCAAGUUACAAAUUUGGUUAUCUUUCCCGACACUGACUUGAACCACGAAAUAUAUUGUACACCUUCCUGGCUAACCAUCAUGUACUUUCAAACCGCCUCUGCAGAUGAUUAUAUUAUUGUAUAGUAUGAGUACGUGCGCCCUUCCCGUAAAAGACUUUCGGCGUUUUUCUGGCCGGAGAAGAUUGCAGAGCGUUCGGUUAAUGGCUCUCGCCGGAAUAAAUAUUAUGAUUUGUGGCUGGAGGUUUGCGUUGGAUCGUUUACGAUCUUCGGUGACGCGGGUGUGUCGACGAGGACACGGUUACACAAAGGUGUCCCACGGGGAAAAAAGGCAGUCGCACGUGUAA